GUUACCUAAACUGGAAGGCAGCGUGAGAGGAGCGCGGAGAGGCUGGAGCGAGGAGCUCGCGGGAGCGCGUGGGCAAGAGGACUUUCCCCAGGGGAGACAGCCGCCGCCGUCGCCUUUGAUCCCUCCAGCAUCCCGCCGGCUUUUGAUUUUUUGCUGCUGGUCCUUAAUUUGAUCCCUUGCUCUUUUUCUCCUCUCCUUUUUCAAAACCCAUCCUGCCAAACAAAGGAAACAGAAGGAACAUACACACAAACGCGCGCACGCCUAUUUGCCGGAGGAAGGAGACAUGCGUUCGAUUCGGAAGAGGUGGACUAUCUGCACGAUAAGUAUCCUCCUGAUUUUUUACAAGACAAAAGAGAUUGCGAGAACGGAGGAGCACCAGGAGACACAAGCCAACGGGUAAAUGCAAAGAGUCUGGAUGUCUGUCUGUUUGUGCACACCUUUUAUUUUAUUUUUCUUGACCAAGGGGGAAAGAGCGGGUAAGAUGCAAGCGCCGCGUUCGGCUUGCCCCCCUGGACCUCGCCGCUUCCCAUUCAUCAGACCUGCCUUCUUUUGAUGAUGUUCGCGUGGUUUGAUCUGUAGCCUGAGAACAACCCCCCCCCCGCCUAAUUAAGCGUUCCAAUGGGAUCCAGGAGGAGAUGCCUUGCAAAAGGCAGAAAUAAAUCGCGGGGGCAAAAAAACCCGUGGUCUCAAAUGAUUAAUGCCGGUUGGGUUAAUUUGCAAUUGAUGAGCUGAACAAAGCGAAGGGAUGGGGUGCGGUUUUUUGCUUUUUAGAAAAUAAAUAAAUUUCUAGCUUUUGGUACGAAAGUAGCGGGAGGUUUGCAGUGCAGAAAGCGGUGUCACGGCGGCUCUGUUAUGUUUCUGUGUUGAUAAAGGGGGAGUGGCAUUUCUCCGAAGUUUGGCUGGCACCGAUCUUUUUCCCGGAACUCCUAGCCGGAUCCUUGCCUGCUGUGCACUGGGAGUUACUCCCAAGUAAGUGUGCACAGGAUGGUGGGCUUUGCCAUCUCUCUCUGCUGUCCCAGAGCAGCGUUCCUCAUAAGUCCCCCUUGUACCCCGCCCACAGUAGGGGAGUGAGCCUUCCAAGAGCUGUUGCGCAGCACGAUCCUAAGCGUGCUAACUUCGAAGUAGUUACCCUUCGCUAGUUACCCUCAGAAUGAAAUGAAUGGGUCGACUAGGAGGAUAAUAAGGCCGGAAAGGCGAUUUAUCUCCAGGUCCCACUGACGGGACUUGCUUCUUAGCGAGCGUGUUUGAGAUUUCGGCCUCUCUUGAUCCCCUUGAAGUUUUAUUCUUAGCUAGUUCAAUGGCACGUAGGAUAAGUUCCCUGGGACUCUAAAUACUAGUCUCUCUCCCUGUUUGUCAGUGAUUCGCUACAGGAACUCGCGCCUCAUCUCUGACAAAGAUCCCCAUCUGUUUCUUUCUUGUCGCUCUUUUUUUAUUGCCAAAAAACAAAACAAAAAACCCAAAGUCUCGUGCGGGUUCCCACUUAGGGCUUUGUUGUCCUUUCUCGUCUGUCAAGCGUGGUGAGUUGUUUUGUUGGUUUUUUUGUUUCGUUUUUAAAAGCUUUAAAACCUCCUGUGGAAAGUUGCUUUGGAAUCAUAGAAUCGUAUCAUUGCAGAGUUGUCUGAGUCUUGGAACAAAAACCCCACUUUUAAAAUUUAUUAUUUGAUUUUCGCAGGCUUGCCGAACUAGCUACACCAAGGAGAGAGAGGGAGUGGUGGGGAUGGUGGAAUCUGGAGGUUGUUCUAUUUAUGUCGGCGGCGGCAGCAACAAACCGGAGAGCUUUGAUAGCUCCGCGGAGGGUAUUUGUUGCUGCAUUAUUUCAUUGACGCCUGCAAGCAUUUCCAAGCGUGAAAAUAAUAGCUAAUGCUCAAGCAGGCUGGUUUGGCGUGGGGCGAGCUGGGAUGUGUGUUUGUGUGCUUGCCUUGCACAGAUGCUGUGGAGAGGGUAUAUGAGGCGCCUAGGAAAUCCAGCAUGGAUCAUUGUGCAGGAGAAGAAAAGCAAGCCUUUAGGAGUAACUGCAACCCUCUGCCCAUCCAAUGUGCGAUUUUUUAUCCUUCCUGCGCGUUGUCCAUGCAGCCGGUCACUCUGCCUGUCUCUCCCUCCCUCUCCCUCGCCUUUCCAUGCGUGGCUAGGCGAAGUGGUAGCGCCUCGUUCCGAGAAGUGAGGGAUUGGAGGCUGCCUGAGGCAAGCGUGUGCAAGAGGGCAUCGCCUUCUCUGUAUGGGCAGCCUCAUCCCCGCAGCAUCUUUCCUCGAGUCUAAUGGGACAUGCUUCCAAGAAGGCUGCAACACCCCUCACUUACCCGGGAGUAAGUAAGCCCCGUGAGAUUCAGUUGGAUUUGCACCUGUAUAGACGCCUUGAAGUUUAUGCGCAGUGCGUUUAGGAUCGCGCGCGGCGCUGCCCCUCCCACGCGGCAUCAUUGCGCACCUGAGCCCAGUUCCAAAAUUUGCCGGCGAACUACGGAUCGUGUAGUCUGUGCUGGCGCUCUCUCUCUCUCUCUCUCUCUCUCUCUCUCUCUGUCUCUCUCGGCUUCACGGCUUUCUAGGCAGCCGUGCCAAAAAGGGGAGGCGCGUACGUUUGACUGCCCACCGCUGGGGUUCCUCCGCUGCCUCCAUCUCUCCUGCCUGCCGCUUGCAUCCCGGGGCUACGCCAGGCCAGAUGCGCACAACUGGUUCCCAGCGGAGAGCACGCAAGCAGCAGAAGCCAGCCCUCGGCAGUGCUUUUCCGCGAGCAAAAAGAAGAAAAAUAGGCGGGGGAGGGGGCCUUUGCACUUCCUCUGCCUAAAAAUCCGCGCGGCGGUUUUGCGAGGUUUGCACAAACAGGAAAAGGUUCUCCGCUUGGCUUUAGAUCGGUGCUGGCUUCCCGUGUACGAAAGACAAAAGACGAGACUCUUUGUUCCACUGCCAGCUAGAUAGGAAACCUCCUGCUCCUCGUCUCCCGCGAAGAGUUUGCGCAACCCAUAGAGCACGAGGCCUCUUCCUCUAUUAGUCCACUCAUUACAACUCUGGAGGGGGUAACACACUGUGCAGAGAACCCUUCUUUCAUUUUUCACCCAUCCUUCCUGUUUUGAGUUCGUUUGCAAAAUCAAAAACUCCCAGAUAAGACUUCUGGAGGCUAUUUACUCAUUCCUACCCAGAAAUGAGGAACUUGUGGUUCAAUUACUUGAAUUAGUUCCCAUUAUUUGUGGCCAUUGAUAAUGCUGGCUGGGACUGAUGAGAGUUGGGGUUCAUGAGUAUCACAAGUUCUCAUCCCUGUUGGCUUUCCUGUCCAAACUUUGCUUGCUUCCAGGUGAUCUGUUUAUUUGGCAUUCAACCUGGUGUUUCUGUCCAGCAUUUGCAGGCGGUUUAGAUGACCUAUGUGAUCUAUUGAUUCAUUCCAAUUUUGUUUGCAGGGAGGUUAUAUGACUGUGCAAAAAACCAAAAACAUUAUCCCACACUGCAAUACAUUCCCCCCCCCCCCGUUGUUUCUGACUUUGCGGAGUGCCAAAUUGGCUUUAGUUGUAACACCUGAAUUUUCCACUAUAUGAUUGAAUCCCACCUGAUAAUAGCGACAGUUUAAAAGAGCCCUUGAUGCAUUAAAAGCAUAGGAUGAAUGCAUAUCGGGGGGGGGGGGGUUGGGGGGGAGGUCCUCCAAAGCUUUUAAAACGACCUUCUGUGCACAAGAUCUCUUUAACACCCUUUUACUAUUAGACUCGUAAAGGCCAUGUGCUUUCCCCAUCCUUUGACUGCAAGGUUUCAGGAGAAGGGAAAAUACGGGCAGAGAUGUAGAAUCAAGAGUUGGUUGCUCUUUACUGGGUACUUCUGAUGCUACUUAACUUUACAAGAUGUAAUUGGCAGGGCAAGGACUUGCAUAAGGUGAUGGGACCUUUCAGUGGAGCUGCAGCUAAUCUUGUUUCCAUCUGUGACAAAAAAACCACAACCACAUUGUGAAACACAUGUGCCCUAAAUCACAGCAAAACCGGAGUCUGUAUUCCCUGUCUCCUUGUUGCUUGUAAAUGGAGCAAUCAAUACUCUUGUUUUUUUUGGAAAGCCUUUUGCUCCCCUGCUAGCUUUCUCCUGGAUCAUGUAUGCUGAUGUCACUUUUCUGUGGGCAGAGGAAAACAACAAUCCACCUGCCUCUUGUUUACUAACCAGAAUAGUGGAUCUUGUUACUAGCUCUCCAGUCCGAAGCCCUUGGCUUGAAAGUUACAUGAACACCAGGAAACUUCCUUCCAAGUCCUUUAAAUAUUUGUUUAAAUGAUUGGCUUAUUAGAGAGCUGCAGCUAAAUAAUAUUGCAAAUAGGAGCAUCGGCAUAUAUUCAUCCUUCGUUUACAUUUUCUCAUUUUAUAUCUGCUGCAGUAAUUCUUUAAAUGCUUAUUUAGUAUCUGCUUGAAAGAUUUUAUGGAAUUCAUGGAAAAUAAGCCUAUUUUUAUAACAUGAAAUAAAAACGCAUUGAAGUAAAAUAAAUGUAUUUUGUCUGUAGACAGCUUUAGCAUCUUCUGAAUGAAAUAACCACUAUUUCCUCUUGCAUAGUUUUGGUCAUAGCUUGCCUCCAAACUUCUGUUUGCCUUUGAUAUAUUUUGUAGUGCAACUUGGUGUAAGAAACUAAGACUUCCCUUUUUACUAAGAUACCUAAUCUCAGUAAAGGCUGUCUGCUAGAUAUAAAACCUACGUUGGUUUUUUUGCAUGUGGGGCAGAUGUUGAACCUGGUACUGUUUUUGGCAUGAUGACACCUGCCUAUCUCAGGAGACAAUGGAGGAUGUGACUUUGGAGGUCAAGUCAAACUGUUGGACCUGCUAUAUGAGAAGUAAUGUUACAUGGUAUCCCUCACUCUAGACUUCUGGUUAAGUAAUGUGCAAGAGCCUUUUGAAACAAACAUCCAUAGCAAUUAGUUUUAACGGUGUGCUUCUAUGAUUUGUCUUUUAAAAGUUAAUAUCCUUUAUGUUGUAGAAUGUACAUAUGAUGUUGUAGAAGCAAUGGUCAGGGCAUUGGUCCUAAUCCUGCAGCCAUAGCUUGUCAGCUUGCAUUCCAGGGUUGUGUUCUGUUCAUUUAGUUGUUGACCUCAGUGACACCUAUUUCUGAGUAAACUCGCUUAGAAUCAGGCUGUAAAAGUCAAGUUCAGGGAUGAGUGGACCAUAGGGUAGCUCGAUGCAGACGAAGCAAGGACUCCUGCCCCUUUAAUAGUUCUAUAGGAGAGGGAAUUUCAAGCAAGUGUAGAUUGCGUGAGAAUCUACAUGGGUUAAAAUCCCUUCUUCUAUGCAGCUGUUAUAUAUAGCCCUACGGACCAUCGAAGUAGCACUUGAGUUACUUUUUGGACAACUUCCUUACAAAUCUGGAAAGACAUUCUUCUUCUGUGUAUGCUCUGCCUACUUGCCACAAACCGCAAAGCAUGCUUUCUUGUGUUAAGAGUGUUGUGUUAUGCUGACUGCUGAUAAUAUGGAUGAUGCGUCUAGAUGAAUUGUCUUACUAGAUUUGCCUUGGGUUUAAAGCUAAGCCUGGCUUGCCCUUUUGUAGGAUAAGAGAAGCUUGCUUUUAAACUAGGGUAAGGCUUUGCUGUGGUGAAUAAAAGAAGAAGAAGAAGAAGAAGAAGAAGAAGAAGAAGAAGAAGAAGAAGAAGAAGAAAAGAAGAGUUUGGAUUUGAUAUCUCGCUUUAUCACUACCCGAAGGAGUCUCAAAGUGGCUAACAUUCUCCUUUCCCUUCCUCCCCCACAACAAACACUCUGUGAGGUGAGUGGGGCUGAGAGACAUCAGAGAAGUGUGACUAGCCCAAAGUCACCCAGCAGCUGCAUGUGGAGGAGCGGAGACGCGAACCCGGUUCUCCAGAUUACGAGUCUACUGCUCUUAACCACUACACCACACUGGCUCUCUAAGCAAUACAUAAAGAGAGAUUCUGCUUAAAAACAUUGGUGGGGUCAUAAAAAUUAUGCCCAGUAGCUCAAGUAAGAGAGGCAUGAUCCAGCUAGCAUUAAGCACACUGAAGUCCCAGUGGGAUUUAAAAGCAAUCAGAUAUUGCUGAGAUCCCAAGGACAGUGUCACAGUUUUGCUGGUUGAAAGAAUGUCUUUUAAAUGACAAAGUGAAAGUAAACAUGAACCAAAUGCAUCAAGAACAUCUCCUUGAGUGGGGAUUUGGAGAAAUGUCUUAAUGAUAAACAGUUGGGACCUGGAGUGCCCACAACAGAUUUAAGGUUGCUUUAAUGUACUUUAAAUCUGUUGGUGGGCACUCCAAGUAAAUUGUGAGCUCCUGGGUCUGCUGUAUUUCAAGCAUUAGCACUUUUAGGGACAAAAACGUUGCGAAAAGCCAACCUCUGCUCCCCAUGCUAUUCACUUCCUGAAAGUUCUAAUGGGCUACACUUAGUCCAGCACAAGCAAGAAUCCUUUCCAUUGCAAUUUAAUGCAUUUUCUUUCUUUCUUUCUUUCUUUCUUUCUUUCUUUCUUUCUUUCUUUCUUUCUUUCCUUCUUUCUUUCUUUCUUUCUUUCUUUCUCUCUCUCUCUCUCUCUCUCUCUCUCUCAGUGUAUAUUGCAAUGCGGCAGAGGAUAAAGAGGGAAAAUCAGUGAUGGUUGUUUUGCGAGGGCUUUUUGGAAUAUAUUGCGUAUUGAAUUAGAAGACGGAAAAACAUCUUGUAAUGAAUCUCGAUGUUGCUCUUUCCCUCUGGAUUCAUAUACAUAGUGUUCAGUGAAGAUCAUAUAAUUAUUCUUCACGGCAUGACACUUUAAAGACCAUGGUUUUUAAUUUGAAAACCUUCCCUAUCCCACAAAAAUAAUUGUGUCUGAAGUGAGGAGUAAAGCGCGUUUGGUUUUUCAGUAGGUGGCACUCUUAGCUGUAAAUCAAUACUGCAUAUCGGAUGAGGUGCAAAUCCAGUAUAUAUUAAUGUAUGAUCAUUGAUCCUAUAAUUUCUUCACAUAGUCAGGUUCCUGGAUGCUUUUGAGCAAACUAAAGCCUCUAUGCAUACCAAUGUAUUGGGAAAGAUUUCUACCUGUAGCGCACAGAAUUCCACUGACUUUUAAAGUGACUUGCGAUCUGCUGAUGAGAGGCUGCUUGUGGAUGUUCAGACCCAGGUUUGGUGUUCUCCUUCACUUGCCAGCACAGGAGCUGCUGGGCUAGUGGAAAGGCAAUAAAAGUGGUUGAGCAGUAUGAACUCCAGUGCCACAGCUGAACUAGCAGAAGCUGGUUGUGCAACAGGAAGUAUUAGGGCUAAAGUAAUCUGUUGAGUAACCAGCCACAUGAACUGUGAUGGCUUCCUGCACUUUCUUUUGCAGAAGUCAUUCCACAAGCACAGCUGGUAUACUGCUAAAGGACAUUAACUUGAAUCCCAGUGUGGUAUAGUGGUUCAGAGCAGUGGACUCGUAAUCUGGUGAACCGGGUUCACGUCCCCGCUCCUCCACAUGCAGCUGCUGGGUGACCUUGGGCUAGACACACUUCUCUGAAGUCUCUCAGCCUCACUCACCUCACAGAGUGUUUGUUGUGGGGGAGGAAGGGAAAGGAGAUUGUUAGCCGCUUUGAGACUCCUUAGGGUAGUGAUAAAACAGGAUAUCAAAUCCAAACUCCUCCUCCUCUUCUUCUUCCCUCCCUAAGUAUAUUUAUUUAUUUAUUUAUUUAGUGAAUGUUUGGAGAAGGCACCACAGUUCAUGUUCCAGGCUGAAGAACCAGUGUCUCUAGUUCAGGGGUCUGCAACCUUUCAGACAAAAAGAGCCACUUGGACCCAUUUCCGAAGGAAAAAAAAAACUGGGAGCCGCAAAACUCGUCAUUAUAAAAAUAACUUUUUUGUCACUUUUUUAUUAUUUCUUUGUUUGACCCCUCAGGAUUACUCCUCCUCAUAGAAAUAAAUGUUAAAUUAACAAGUUACCUUUUUGUGUGUGUGUGUUCUUCACUCCCCUUCAAAACAGUGACCAGCGUACAUGCCCCCUUUCAAUGCAGUGACCAACGUACAUGCCCCUUACAAUGUAGCGGGCGGGCGGGCGGGCGGGCGGGAAGGUGACGUCGGGACGGUGCGUGUCUAACACACGCACCGCCACCAUGUGACGUCACAGCCAGUACAGCGCCCGCCACAGUGGGGAGUGUCGGGGAGCACAAUGCGCCUCCUCCCCUCACUAGUAUCCGCCCCGGAGCCGCGGCAAAGGUGUAAAAGAGCCACAUGCGGCUCCGGAGCCGCGGGUUGCAGACCCCUGCUCUAGUUAGAAGGAUCAGGUUGCAGGUAACAGGGAAGACUCUCUUGGGAGCUGCUGGCAGUCACAGUGAACAAUACUAGACUAGAUGGACCAUGUAGUUAGACCUGCCAUGUGCUUCCCUAGAAGUGGCUGGACUUUCUCAACUGGCAAAGAAAUAUUCCAUGUAGGUAUUUGAUAAGAAAGAGGAGGUCUUUUUGGUAGGAAGAGCUUUCCAUAGGUAGGAAGGCCAGUCUUACCUGUUCUUGCUCAUUCUACUAGUUUUAAACAUUCUGAAUUUAAGAACUGCUCAGGUUAGAAUGCAGAGAGAGAGAGAGACAGCUGUGUUGCCUAAUGCAUGAGACUCUUGCCUCCUGUGGUUAAUAAAGGAAAAUAAGAAAAUAAGAAGUUUGUACGUUGUUAGGAAGCAAGCCAAACAGGACUCCUACUCAUACAGCCCAGCCCAAUGAUUUCAUACAGAAUAAUUUCAGAAAGCGAGGCCAUGCUAGUCUCUUGUGGCAAAAGACAGCCUGUUAGCAUGCUAUAGGCUUCUGCUGCAAUACUAUGCAGGCUUGGGAGUAAGUUCUACUAUUGCCAGUUUGGCUGGUGAGGGCAUGAAUAUAGAGUGGAGACUUAGCUAGCUUAUUGUGAUGUGAAUUUCCAAGGGAAGAAGUCAGCCAGAUUUCAAAAACAGUUUGGCAUCAAGGUGGGAACUGGAAAGUUGCGGUUUGUGUUGUCAAAAUGUAAGUUCAAGUUUGGGGCCAUUGAUUUAGAAAUAGAUAACAAGAUUGCAGAAUAGCUGUAUGAGUUCUUUGCAUCUGUUUUCACUGUGGAAGUUGUGUCAGUUUCUCAACCAGCUUCACAUAUGCAGUGUCUUGGUUCACACAUAAUACUAGCUACAAGUUGUUUCUUGGGUGAUAAAACAAAUCAUGGCUUGUUUUCCCCUCAGAAUUUUAUUGUUUCCCAGCUGCUGUUGUCUCAUGUCAUUAUAAUUUGGCAAGCACCUGUGGUGUGAUGGUGAAACAAACUAUGGUUUGGGAAAAGUGCUGGGUUUACACGUAACACCAAGCCAUAAAUGCAACAAAUCAAAGUUUGUCAGCCAGCAACAUACUGGCUUCAGAACACAUUUUGUUGGCAGGAAACAGACAAUGGAGUUAUGCUGCUGGGCAAGAUUCACAAUAAAAUGCAAGCAUAACUGAAUUUCUCUCCCAUCCCUUAAUAAUGGUAUUGUUGCUAGACUAGUGGUUGGUGGCUCUUUGUUUUUGUGGCAGAUGAAUGGGCUGGAGUAUCCUUUUCCUUUGCUUCUACAUUCCCAAGAAAAUUUACUGUCGGAGCCAAGGAUUCUUCCUGGCAGUGAGAAGGAAAGCAAGUCUCUUGUAGCUGCUCCUUCUUUGGCUGAUGAAUGAAACCAUGUUGGUUUCUCCUGUUCCAUUCCAUGAUAUUCUUCCUAGGAGUUCAAUCGUCCAGUGGUCUUUGGUCCCCUUGGCCAAUGUCCGAAGUCAGAGUGUGCUUCCUUUCUGCUCUGCAAUCCCAGAGCAACGUUGGCAGCAUUCACACUUCACAUCAUUCUGCUUUUCCUGAUAUUUCCUCACUUUGUGUGUUAUGUAAUCUUUCACACAAUGUAGAAGCUACCUACAGAAAUCUAUCAGAAUCUAGUGGAUGUUCAAAGUUUAAAAAAUACACAGCCUUGUUCUUCUACCACAGCAGGGAAACAGCCAACUUUCCUAUAGCACUUGAAGAAAAGAGAAAAGAAAAACCAGUUUAUUGUAGCAAUAGCUUUUUGUGGGCAAAAAACUAAUAUUUUUUUAGGAUGCAGUGAUGCUGGAGGGCUUGAGGGGCAACACCCUAGCAGGAAGUUUAUGUCUCUUGGGAAGGUGGGGGCAAAUGUUUCUGAGGGUUGUUUCAGCCAAAUAGAAAACAGUUUGUUUCUUUGAAGGAAGAGAUAGGAUUUUUGGUAAAUUCUAUCUCUGUAGGACAAGGAGCGUAGGAAGCUGCCUUAUUCUGAGUCAGACCAUUGAUCCAUCGAGUUCAGUACUGGCCACACUGACUGGUGGUGGCCUUUCAAAGUUUCAUACAGGGUACAUUCCCAGCCUUACCUGAUUGGGGAUUGAGUCUGGCAGAAGCUCUACCACUAACCUACAGCCCUUCAUCUGAGUAAAUUUCACAAUGAGUAGGGCUGGGCGAUAUCAGCUUUUCCUCAUCGCAGUGUAACACCAGCCAAACAUCGUGAUAUAGUGAUACAUUACAAUGUUGAAAAGUGGACAGAGGAACAAGCUGCAUCGUCCUGGGCCCCACGAGGCGCUGGGGUGAAACUGCCUCAGCUCCCCUCAUGGGGCCAAUGCAUCUUCUUCUCUCUGGGUGCUGGCAGCAGAGGGGGUCAGGCGCAGGCAAGCCCCACCUGUGAUAUACUGUGAAGUGAAGGUGCCAUCGCACUCUGGCCCUCAAACUAGUCCUGGGCAAUGUAUCAAUACGUUGCCCAGGCCCAACAAUGAGUACAGAAGGAUUUAUUCAUUGACUAUAUCCACCACAAACAUAUUUAUUCAUUGUGUUUAUAUACUGUCUUUCUGCCAAGGCACCCAAGGGUGGCUUACACAUUUUUAAAGUCCAAAGAUAACAUGCAAACUUGGGAGGGGGCAGGGAAAGAAAUAGACAGUUUGGCCAGAGCACGGCUUGAUGUUGUCUGUGCCUGCCUCCUUGACAUACUUCUUCCUCAUCACAGGGCAGGUGGUUACUGUUGGCCUUCAACAUAUAAAUAGGUCUGGUAUCAACAGUUAGCGUUCCAGACCUGGUACUCUGAUACCUCGGGUUACAGACACUUCAGGUUACAGACGCUUCAGGUUACAGACUCUGCUAACCCAGAAAUAGUACCUCGGGUUAAGAACUUUGCUUUAGGAUGAGAACAGAAAUUGUGCUCUGGCAGCUCGGCGGCAGCAGGAGGCCCAAUUAGCUAAAGUGGUACCUCAGGUUAAGAACGCACCUCCAGAACGAAUUAAGUUCUUAACCCGAGGUACCACUGUAGUGGUGAUGUUGACACCUGCCUUGUUCUUCCCAUGUUCUCUCCUCAAUACCUUGAAAUAACACCAGGUAAGGUGCCCCAGGGCAUUGUGAGAAAUUGAAAGGGUGGCUCUCAGUCACCCUUGGAGUAGGAAGUGAUCCAGUGGGUGCUUGGUGCAGAGCCACGAUCCUACAUGGAUAUAAAUAAAACACCACUGCUGUUUGUGAUGUAGAUAGGGCAGGAAAAAAAGGUUCUUGAUGGCUAGUACCAAGCUAAUUUUUAACGCUCUCUUUUUGUAUUGUGUUUUCAGAGACGGUGAGCUAAGUUUAAGUAGAUCAAUGGUCAAUAGCUCUGAUAAAAUAAACCAAAAGAGUGGCUCUUCAAUGUUCCAGCAUUCCGUAGAAAGAUGGAAAAUCAAUUCUUCCUUGGUACUGGAAAUAAGGUGAGUACCUUAAAUAACGCACAGAACUCAUUUAUACAUUGUGGUAGCUUGUAACUGGGUAUAUGCAAGUGAGGACUGGCAAAUCUGUCUUUCUUUACAGCUGUUGGUCUUUACCAAUGUGGAAGACAAAAGUUUGGAGAUUCCAGUGUAAAAGGUGUCUCUUUAAUUUUGAACAUCCCUUCAGUCAAAACUGAAUCCAUUAUUAAACUAAAUUCUCCAUGCAGAAUAGGGUCUGUAUAGUGGCAUCCAGUAAGUUUGACAGGAUUGGUCGCAGCAUUUCAAUGUGCUGUAUAAUAAAGCACAAAAAAGAUAUUAAUGGCAUACGGCUAAUUAAUAUGUGCAAAGUUGCAUUAAAAGAAAUCUGCAGGAGGCCUCUAGUUUGAUAGCUCUUGGAAGGCUUCGCCUGUGAAUGAUCCCACUGUUUCAUCACUGUAAAAGCAAACGGCCAACAGUGAUUCUGACAACUUGUAUUUCAGUAUACUUGACUGACUGAUCUUUUCUUUUCUGAUCUUACUAAUAUCAUUGUACACACUUGGUUAAGAAAAAAGUAUCAGCAAAUCACUUCUGUUAAAAUAAAGUGUAGUUGCUUGCUUUUGAAGAGUUUGUGUCUGAGUCAUAUCUUUCGUUUUCCGCUGCAUCAGUCUAAAACCACAAUGGCAGAACGGGGCUGGGGAGGGGGGGUUUCCAUUUUCUUCUGUGAGAAGGAAAAGGGACAUCUUUUAAAGUGAGAAGUGUUGGGUCUCACAUCUGGCUGCAAGUCUCUCCCUGGAUACAUCCACACAUCGGUUUAUUCCUUUCUCCUAAUUUAAUUUCCAUGCUAUAUGUGAGCUUUCGCAUGGAAACCAUUUCUGGAAAUCUAAUGAAAUAUAGUGGGAGUUUAGUUCUCAUUUCCAUGUUAAUUUAUUCCAGAAAACAAUUCCCUUGCAGCCCCAUUAUUUGCAGGAAUAAAGUGACAAAAUUUGGGGUGGUAUAUUAGCAUAUGGUUCUUUCCUGCUUAAAGCAGUAUCAUAGCACUUUAAAUGUAUGGUGUGAAGGUGACCUUGGUUACUCCUACAGUAAACACAAUCAGUUCUUAGUGGUGCAGAUUUUACCCUGGACAGGACGCAGGCCACCAGGCAUUGUGCAGCCUGAUGUUUUACUAUGAUCUUGCCCAUUACUGGUUAUUUUUAAGGGCAGUUAAGGACUGUUUUUUGCUGUGCUGGGAGCCUUCAAACCCUUUGCUCUGGGAAGGCUAGUGUGUGGUUCAGGGUCGGAUUUCAAGUGUGUUUUGGUCAUAUCUUCAUCUGGGAUUGAUAGUUCAUGCAAUACUAAAGACUAAGACUGUUGUUUUAUUAUGCUUUUGUAUUUGAUGGAAGCCACCUAGAGUGACUGGGGAACGCAGUCAGUUGAGGGGGUACAAAUAUAAGAAGAAGAAGAAGAAGAAGAAGAAGAAGAAGAAGAAAGUUCAGUUUUCUGGAUGUGGAUCUUUGUGUAGGCAAGACUGGGCCAUCCCCACCCAAGAGGGAAGUACUGGCUGACUUGGAGAAACCUCAAAGUUUGCAAAAGACCAAAAAUACUUUACUCUCCCCUUACAUUUCCUUAUAGCACCCACCAAACAGAUGAAUAAGCAGAACUGAGCAUGCUUAUUGGUCAUGGAAUGUGGGGGCAGCAGGGUGAGGAAAAACAGAGUGGGAUGGAGUGUCCUACAAGAGGCCAUAGCUGUGUGUAUGGAACCCCAAACUGGAUCACUGCACACAGUAACCUUUUGUUUGUGGGUCCCACUUAUCCUUUUAGUUUCAAAGCCAGUUUGAGUCAGUCACAGGAUGGCUGUAUCCCAGGAGGAGUUGCCCAUUUAAAGGCAGUAGGGGGCUGGCAAUUCAAAGGACACAAGCCAUGAUUGCUGUCAGCAGACAUCUUUUUAAUCCCUGCCAUUAUGGAUUCAUUUACCUCCUUUCAGCCUCUUCCUUUCUCCUUCACACAAGAAGCAGUUUGCAAAAGUCAAAGUUCUGGAAAAGAAACCAGACUGGGCUGAAAAUGAAAAUCCGUUAUAGCAAUCUGUUCAUUUGGCAUAAUUUAACUUAAUUGUAGAAUUGAGGUUCGAUCAUUGCUGGGUAUUGAUAGGUGUGAAAUAUCUUGACUAAAGCUGCGUGUCAGGCGUUCUCCUUUGUAGACAUUGUGAACAGAUGGCGUAUCAGUAACCAGGCAGUCCAGAUCAGUAGUGGCAGAAGAAACAUUGCCUCACGUUGUUGCACGGCACCUAUCACAGCAUCUUGGACCUGACAAGUGACAGCUCACCUGGAUGUUACAGCAUAGUCACUACUCCUGCCACACUUAACAGUGAUGGUGUGAGCACAUCACGGUAAACCAAACUUAAUGGUUUACUAUGCAUGGCCUGAUUGUGCCCGCUCCAUUCCUCGCCGCUAGCGCUGGUUUAGCGUUUUGUCUGAACAAGGGGUUGUGAUCAACAUGGUAAAGGACCCCUGACCAUUUUUUUAAAAAAACGCAAUUUUUAUUAACAGGCCAAUCAUAUCACAUUAUUUCAAAUCACAUUAAUUCCAAAUUAUACAGCCGAAUUUUUCAAUUUUGUUGGGGGUACCCAUACAUCAAGCUCCGGACGAGAAUCCAAACAUCACUUCUAUUACUGCUUUAAUUAAACAGUUCUAUCCAGUUCUAUCCAGAUAGUCUCUUUUUUACUUUCUUCAUCUUCUUGUUGUUGUCAUAUAUUCCUUUCUUUGCGAUCUCUGAUAAUCUUCACAGGCAGGUUAAGAACAAACAUCGUCUGCGUGGGUUUUACGCACUCCACAAGUCAUAUUUCAUAGGGACAGCCGCCAUUCCACUCCUCCUUCGAAAAUUUAUCUUCGGUCUGCCCUUUAGUUUUCCCAGGCUUGUAAAAUAUCUCCUAGAGGGCUCUGCCAGGUUAAAGAUCAAAUUCCAAACAUUGUUCACUUUCAAAUAGUCCUGGUUCUCCUCCCCCCGUCUUUCUUAAACAAGCCUGUCUUGCGAGACGCCAUUUUAAAACUGCGUCAUAAAAUUUUUCCAUUCUCUGAUCUUUACCAAUCCUCUCUUCAUUCAUCAUUAAUUCAUCCCACACAGUUUUUAGAUUCCUGCUUGUGUAGUAAAAUACAGAGGUUCUUUUUUCUUUGGGGUGGAGGGUUAUUAUUUAUGCUCAUAUAAGAUAAAGAAAGAAAAGUUUUUUCCUCCACCCCACCUUCUUAGCUCCAAACAUACCCAUUUCUUAAUGGCGCUUCGUCUCUUGAUUUAUUUGUCUUUGCCCGCCGCUCCAAUCCCAGAGAUCCAUUAAUCAGCAGUCUUAUCUCCCGACCUUUGCUUGACAUAUGUGCUUUAACAUCUUCCAAUUAUAUAUUUCCAAUUAUAUUUUCGUGUUAAAGCAAGCCAGCACGCGCAAAUUGGAGACGACGUCCGGGAAGAGCCGACCGCACCGAGGGCUUAGCCAAGUGACCGGCGCACCCCCUUCUCUCGAAUCUGGGGGUGCAUUGUGGCCACCGCUGGCAAGGCAGUCCCCCCCAUAUCCUUGGGGGGGGGAAGACUGCAUACUUCCCAUAGCAGCCUCUUAAUUACCUCAUGUGGGUCGGAGAGAUGUUAUUGUCGGCCAUCUUCCAAUGCGCCACCUGGUGGCCCCCCAGGCCCCCUGACCAUUAGGUCCAGUCAUGACCGACUCUGGGGUUGCGGCGCUCAUCUCGCUUUAUUGGCCAGGGAAGCUGACGUACAGCUUCCGGGUCAUGUGUCCAGCAUGACUAAGCCGCUUCUGGCAAACCAGAGCAGCGCACGGAAAUGCCGUUUACCUUCCUGCCGGAGCAGUACAUAUUUAUCUACUUGCAGGUUGGCAGGAGCAGGGACCGAGCAAUGGGAGCUCACCCCAUUGCGGGGAUUCAAACCGCCAACCUUCAGAUUGGCAAGUCCUAGGCUCUGUUGUUUAACUCACAGUGCCACCCACGUCCCUGGGUGAUCAACCCAGGUUGUGAUCAACAUGGUAGAUGAGCCAAAAUCAACUCCCAGCUUUUCAUUAUGGUUUGUUGGGAGGAAAACAUGCCCCUGAGUCUGAAAGUAAUGAUAAGCCAUGCAUUGUGCUUUGUUUCCUCAGUGUGAUGUUGGGGAGGAGCAAGAGUCCAAAUUCACUACCAUUAAGUAUGCUUUACUGUGAUGUGUGAACUGCACGGCUCUGCAGCACUGUCUGAUGGCUUGGUGUAUGUGCAGACGGUCUCUCGGUUGAGACUGUGACCUGAUGCACUUUCCCCUAAUGGGUGCUAUUACAAUGGGUGCUGAUUUCCAUUGAUUGGGGUUAUAGGAUUAAGCCACUACGAGUCUCUGUCAUGUGUUGGGCUAGAGUGAAGUUUUGCCUUCCAUUUAUAGAAGGCUUUUCAUCCAGUGGAGGGAUGUUACUGGCUGGGAAUGGGUGACUUUUGUUGAUCUUUAUCCCCCGUCCCCAUUAAAGGUUUCAUGGAGAUGAGGGAAUCAGAAGCAUUAGCUAUCACUGGGACUAAAGUCUUCAUACAACCCAUAUGUAUAUUGUAAGCAGUUCUGUGCAGUGACAUCAUUCAGACAAAAAAUAAAAUAAAUAAAAAUUAAAGCAUUAAGACCAGAUAACUGCCCAGGCUGCAAAGGUUGGGUUCAAGUAAAAAAACAAAACAAGAAAACAAUUCACACAUUUAUUAUUUGGGACCUAUUCUGUUCAGAGGAAGUGAUUUCAAUUGUUAGAAAAAUGAUCAAUGUAGUGAAGGCUUUGUUUACAAAGGUGCCUCAUAGGAUAAAUAAAAUAAUGUGGAGUUAGUUAUAAUAGUGGCCAUUUGUCUUUUGGUAAUCAAUAACUCCUAGGAGAAUCUAAACAUAAAUCUUCCAUUUUCAAUCCUCACAAUAAAUUAACUGCAACUCCAAAAUACGGGAGCUUUCCUAAAUGCAUCCUCCGUAAAGCAGUUGUUGGGCCGUUUGUCUUCUUGGCAUUGUUAUAGGGGUACGUACUAAACUUCUGAUCUGCAUAGCAUACGCCUUUAAAAAAGGAAAUAAUAUGUUAAAACAAAAAGCCGUUCAAGUUAAAUGGUGCAGUUUUCAUUUAAUGAAAAGCAUUACCUUAAAUUGUUAAAAGUCACAAUUUUCUUUCAUUUGGAUGCUGAAGAUAGGACAGUUGGAAUGCCUUAAUUAUUUUCUUAAUGUAGCCUUUUCAUAUAAACAGUCAAACUGAAAUUGUAAGAUCAAGAGCAACAACAAAAAGUCGCUUUCUGCACAACUUCCUUUUUCAUUAUAGUAUGCAGGAGCUGUAUCUCUCUGUGUUUCAGAACAUAAUGUUAUCCCCCAUUCAUGUUUGCAUAGCAAUGUGCAAUUAGAAACAAAGGUAAUUUAGGCUGCAAUCUUGUGCACACUUUUUCUUGAACUUAAUGGGGCUUGCUUCUGAGUAGUUACACAUCGUAUUGCAUUGCUAAGAUCUCUGCAGUUUUGAGAAACUAACGUUUAAUGGAGUACUUAGCUGUUUUACCCAAGACUGGCUGCACACAAGCCGGUUAAUCUGCAGCAUUUCAGUAGAGAAUGAAGGUCUUGUGUAUGCAUGUUUGUUGCAUCUGAAGUUGAACAACAGCAUGGGUGUUCUUGUUGAAAUACUUUUAGAGGCUUUAGAACCAGCUUGGAGCUUUCCCCCCAGGCAGAAACUUAGUGAGUUUCUUUUGACUUCUGGCUACAGAAGCUACUUUUAAGAAAACCAGAUAGAGGCAAGACAGACAACUUCUAAAAUAUCUGCAUACCGUUCAUUUGGAAACUUUGUCAGCCCAGUUGAGAUUUCUUUAGGCGGUAGGCAAAAACAUUCCUCUUGAACCAGGCCUUUGGCUGAUUAAUAUUCUACAGCCUUUUAAACGUGUCUGUAGGAAGGGUUGGUUAUUGUUUUGCUGUUUUGCUUUACUUAUUUUCAUGUUUUUAUCCUGUAUUUUACUCUGUGAAUAGUCCUCAGUAGACCCGCUGCAUGUUGUUCCCUUUUACAGUGCAGGCAUCUGCAGAGAGAGGGCCUUUGCAUGUCUCUGCAUAGCUGAAUCCAUAAAGGCUUCCAUGUGAUCUGGGACACAUGUGAGUGUGUGCAGAUGCACGUGCAAUUCCUCCUUCCCCCACAGUUGUUUGCAUUGCAUUUGCAAAUGCCAGGGGAAGGCACUACAGCCGUACCUUGGAAGUCGAAAGGAAUCCAUUCCGGAAGUCCGCUCAACUUCCAAAACAUUCGGAAACCAAAGAGCAACUUCUGUUUGGCUGCAGGAAGCUCCUGCAGCCAAUCAGAAGCCGCGGAAACCCCAUCAGACGUUCGGCUUCCAAAAAUAGUUUGCAAACCAUAACAGUCACUUCAGGGUUUGGGAACCAAAACGUUCAAGAACUAAGCUGUUUGAAAACCAAGGUACAAAGGUACUUAGCAGUGUGGGGAUACUCAGCACCUUCUGGUCAUACCAGUAUAACUUCUAUAUGGGUGUCAAGGCCCAAAUGCUAACCAGACAAGGGAAUUAAACUUUACAUCCCAUGAGAGGUCUGGGUUGCAAGUCAAUCAGGGUGUAAGGCUGGCUGCACUGUGGGUCUGGCUGAUUAGCUGCAGCGACUUGGUACUUCUCUUACACAUUUCAAAUGCAUGACCUUGGAACUCUUUAAAGCAUCCCCAUAAGACAGGACAGCAUGCUUAUCACCAUCACCAUCUUGCAGACGGUAGGCUGAAGGAACUGUGCCUUGCCCAAAACCACAAGCAAGCUUGAAUCUGAGGUGCACUGUGGGGAUUUCCUAGCUCGUAUCCACCAUGCUGCAGCAGCUCUCAAGAUUAAAAGAUCAAAAAGUCAUUGCCUUCUGUGAGCCUUUUGAGAAGCUGUGCUGUGUGCUUCAGCUUGCAGAGCAAAAAGGCCUGUGCUCUGUUCAUAACUUGAUCUAGAGAUAAGGUUUUCUCUGAAACUUAUCUUUGAUGCUGCACAGGUGUUCUGCUAUAUCAAUAGGCCUCAUUUCCUCCUUCGAAAAGCCACAGAUGUAAGGCUUCUGUAUAACUAUGAAUCAGGGGGGUGUUCAACAGUGUUUCAGUGUCAGAAGAAGCACGGGAGCUCCCUUAGAGUUGGGGAGAAGCCACGGAUCGGUGUUAAAACUUGUUGGUUGUGAUCCUGGGUUCAGUCCUAGGCAUCUCCAGAUAGGGUUGUGAGAUUGGUGGUCUUUACUCAGUUUAAAGCAGCUUCCUAUGAUCUUCUUCUCUAAGAAAAUAUGGGUUAUUUUGUUAGAUGAGAUCAAUGGUCCAUCUUACUGAUAGGACUGAUAUCUGAUUUUCAAAACCGUGAUACAUCACCAGCUAAGCAUCGGGAUAUACCAAUACAUAUAUCACAAUGUCUAAAAUAAGGAUGGAGCUAUGUAGAGGCAUUAGGGACAUGGGUAGCGCUGUGGGUUAAACCACAGAGCCUAGGACUUGCCGAUCAGAAGGUUGGCGGUUCGAAUCCCCGCGACGGAGUGAGCUCCCAUUGCUUGGUCCCUGCUUCUGCCAACCUAGCAGUUCGAAAGCACGAAGUGCAAGUAGAUAAAUAGGUACCGCUCCGGCGGGAAGGUAAACAGCGUUUCCAUGUGCUGCUCUGGUUCGCCAGAAGCGGCUUAGUCAUGCUGGCCACAUGACCCGGAAGCUGUACGCUGGCUCCCAUGGCCAAUAAAGCGAGAUGAGCGCUGCAACGCCAGAGUUGUCCGCGACUGGACCUAAUGGUCAGGGGUCCCUUUACCUUUACCUUUAUGUAGAGGCAUUGGUGAUUUUUGCCAGUGCCUGCUCUUGUGAUUUGCUGCCCCUUGCAUGAAGCAGGGGAAAAUUCACCCAGCAGAGUUAACAGGAGCUGCAGAAAUUGAAAGAAACAUUGACUGGCUUCGUGGUUUUUUGCAUCGCAUGCACACACACACACACCAUGAUUCACGAUAUAUUGCCAGAUCAAAAAUUAUGAAACCAAUGUCACGAUAUGGACUUCAAACCACUUUGGGACAGUGUAUCAAUAUAUCGCCCAGCCCUGCCAACUGACAAGGCAGACUGUUGGCCCAUCAUUCCCACAAGGAUUGCUUAGUGCAAUACUGUGCUUGGCCUGACUCAGUUUAGAGCAACUCAGUUUAGUAUGCCUGACCCUUUAUAGCAUGGACUCCUACUCUCAUGCGCUCUGACUGGGGCUGAUAGCAGUUGGAGUUGAACAGUAUCUGGAGAUCCAUAGGUUCCCAAGCCUUGCUUUAUAAGGAAGUUUAUAAGUCAGGAGUUGGCAAUCCUACACAGUUCUCUUGCUAUCUCAUGUAUUGUCCUAUUUCAGGUCUUUAGUGCUUUUAGAUCAGUUCAUUUCCUUCUUAAUGUGUUUUCUCCAAUAUUUGAUGGUCUUGGCAUAUUAGGCAUGAGCAGCUUUUAAACCCAUCUGUGUACAAGAUUAAAAAUAUGAUUAAAAAAAUAGUCUUUAGGUUUCAGAAAAGCAAAAAUCAGGGAAAGGGAACCUUUGCCUUGACUUAUCAUUUAUCUGAUGCUCUAGGCACUUUGCAUCUUAAUAUAUCCCAUUCUGCUUCAUUACUACGUUGUCACACAAGCUCAGUUGUCAGAUAUUCUCUUCUCCAGCACGGCUUCAAAUCUACACCAAUAUCCUAAAGAAUGUGUUUUCCCUUUUCUAUUUUACUGAAAUGUAAGUUCCAAAAAUCAUGGCUCAGUUCCCUUAGGCUUAAAAAGUAAGUGUAGCAUCCUCAUUGUUGUAAAACCAAGUAUCAGAAAUCUCUUUGUGACUUGAAGCUUUGACUAUGGCUUGUAUGAUAUUACGAUGCCAUUUCCCUCUUUCCCAGAAUGAACAAACACACUUAGGAAGUUUGUAGAGCCACUGGAAUAGUUAGGAGAGUUGUUAGGAGACACCAAUUGCCCUGACAGAUCUAUAGAUCCCAGAGUGGUUUAACAGUCAACCCCUCUUCCCAGGGAACUGUGGAAAGUGUAACUUUCUGAGGGGAAUGGGGGUCUCCUAACAACUCUCAGCACUCUUAACAAGCAGCAGCUCCUACAAUUCUUGGGGGGAUCUGUUUAAAGUGGCAUCACAGUGUGAAUGUGGCCUGACUCUUCAUGACAGCAAAGGAACUGUUACUAUGGGAGGUGAACACUGCUGUCAUGUUUCUAAAGACAUCAUUCACCAACCUAUCUGCCUCUCUCAGCUUCUCCUAUUCAGCUACCCUGACUUCAAGGGAACAAACUUGUUUUCUGAGAACCAGGCGCUCUUUAUUAGGGUUGCCAUAGGUCUGGGUUCCCCCAGACAUGUCCUGGUUUGGGGGGGCAGCAUGCCCACCUGGGCAGAUUUUUAUUUUUUAAAUGAAAUGUCAGGGCUCUUUGGGAGUGGGGGCAGACUCAUGCCACUGAAGGGUGGGAGAGGGCAGGCACUUUUCAGAGUCAGCCACUCUCCACUGCCUUUCUGCACUGCGGCUGUGCCCCAGAAGCAGAAGCGCUGCAGCGGGAUCUGGAGCUCCACCACCACCACCACCACUCCUUUCCAUUUUUUUUUAAAAAUGAUAUCUAUUACUUUUUCAAAAUUUCCAAUACAGCACUACAAACACAGAGAAAAAGAAAAAAGAAAGAAAAAACAAUACAAAUAACAAAUCAAGCAAAAACAAACAAAAACAAUUUAAAAACACCUCAAACAUUUUCAAUAUCUUAUAUUUCAUUCACUUAUUUCCAGCGACUUCCUCCCACCUCCCUUUUUGUAUUCUACUUCUAUUAUUUGUUUCAGCAAUUCCUUUCCAUCUUACUCUGUUUUCUGUUCUAUAAUUAGCUUAACACAUUCUUGCCAUACUUUUCCUUUAAUUUUCUAUUAAUCUAUUUAUACUUAAUUCCUUAUGACAUUUCUACUAAAGCCAUGUAAUUUCAUUCCAACAUUUUUCUAACAAUCCUUAAUUUUACAAUAUUUCUAUAAAUAGUCUUUAAACUUUUCCCAAUCUUCUUCCACCGACUCUUCACCCUGGUCUCGGAUCUUGCCAGUCAUUUCCGCUAAUUCCCUAUAGUCCAUCAACUUCGUCUGCCAUUAUCCAACACUUCGGUGUUUUCAAGAAGCAACCAUUCUCUCAACCAGCAAAAGGCAGAUGGUUCACAACGAAGUUAAAGGUCUGGCAGAGCAGGUCCACCUCCUUCUUUAGCAUCCAUCAAUAUCUUAAGCUUAACUCGAGGCUUCCUGCCCUGCCAAACAACUCUAGGAGCAUCCCUCUGCCACCUCCUGAGACCCUCCAUCCCUGAGACCCUCCACCACUCCUUUCCAGUGCCCGCUCCUGGCUGUGCUGUUUGCCAGACGCUAUGUGCGCGAGGCUACAGCUUGCUGGUGCCGGGGGGUGACUCUGGGCCGCUGAGUGGCUCCGCUGUGGAGCUGCCUCUUCCUUUCAGGCCUCCUAGUGAUCACUGGCAAGGACAUGUCCAGGAUCUGGCCCGGGGAGGAAGGCUCAUUGCUUUGCGGCUUCUCUGGUCCUGCCUGAGCCUUCCCCAGCAGCAGUGGCCCCCCCAGUCGCUGCUCAAGUGUGGAAGGAGACGCAGCUGCAGGAGCUCUACGGUCUCUCGGGUCCUACUCAAUGCGGUUUUCCCUUUUCUUGUGAGGAAUCCUAUUUGGAAUAAGGGAAUUUUCCUUUAAAAAUGGGAAACGUUGGCAGCUAUUGUUUUUCAAAAGGAUGAUUUAGAGUGCGGAAUUUUCUGUUAGGUCUGUAGGCCAAUCUGGAGUUAUGGGGACAACUUUAAAGGUAGAGGAUAAGCCACUGGUGAGCUGUGAAGCUGUCUUCUAAGUAGGAUGUUAAUUACUAAGGUGCCAAGGGAGAAGAAAGGAAUAACUGUGCUAAGACAUAGAUGUUCCUUAAGUAUCUCUACGUGAUGGGACAUUUAUCAGGUGGGCAGGAUGUGUACUGUGUUUGAAGAGAUAAUGUGUGUGAGAGACAGUCUCCUGGGGCACACUGUCUGUUUCCUAAAAAGUGACUCACAAGCCUGUUCUCACAGAAAUCUCAGGCUGGUCUUUAAUUUAUAGAUGUCUGGAAUAUCAAAAGGUAUUCAAAAAGGCAUUUCUCUUUCAGAGACCUUAGUUGCUCUGAGCAGUGGCAUACUGUGGGUUGCCACUUUCCGGGGCCGCACACAAAUGGGGGAGGGAGGGAAACGGAUGGAGCACACCUGCGCAUUGAUCUGCCUAAUGGUGUCUGCGUCACCCAGGAGAUCUCAGCUGCAGAGAUACGAAGAGCUAUUCCAUUGUCUGGAGAGGUCACUUCCUGGUUCACAUGGAGAAACCGUUUCUCAACGGAGCCCAGCAAUGGAAGCACACAGCUGUAUUACUGGGUGUGCCUGACAAUUUUGCACCGGGGGUAACCUUCCCUGUGCCCCUCCCAAUGCUGCACCACUGCUGUGGAUAGCUUGUGUGUAUUGUAGCAGAAGAAAUUGUGCAAUUAGCUCAGGGCAGAAGAGAAGAAUCUUUCUCAUCUUCCCAGAGCGGCUGAAUAUUUAAUACAAUGGCUGUGCCAUCUCGUGUCUUCAACCCCAAAUCCACAGCAAUGUCACGGGUCACCUCAGUGGUACUCAAGGACCUCUGGUGGUCCAGGGCCCACAGUUUGGGAACUCCUGGUUUAGGCCUCAAUGCUAAUGUGCAGGAUUAGCUUAAAUGCGACCAGCAUGUAUCCAUGCCUUGUGUUCAUAAACAGUGCACUAAUCUGCACCUCUGGAACUAAUGUGCAUAUUGAAAUUUUGUUAUCCCUGGGAUUUUCUGUUUCUCUGAAUGUUGCAAUAUAGUCCUCUGGUGUUUAAAUGUAUCAUAAUAUGCAUUCACAGAAACAUUUUGAGAGAGAAAUGCAUGAACAUUUUCAUAUGUACUCUGAGAGGACUUUUUAAAAAUUGCAGAUUGAUUAGGAAAUGGGUAGAAAUGUGGAAGUGGCCAGACCAGAAUUAAAUUCACCUAUCUCUUUCUUCACACAAUUACUUAAUAAGAUGAGAAUUUCAUACGAGCCUAUAAUUUAGAAUAUUAUAACCCUGCUAAAAUCAAUGACCAUGUUGCUGCUGACUUCUAUGAGUUUUUUUAUUGUGCCUUAUUGAUUAGAAACCAUAAACAUGCUGGUUUUGAGCCUGGGCUCCACGAGUUACAUUUAUUUUCUCAACAAUAUUAUUGAACCUGAUUCUUGCUCUAGAACUGUUGAUUGCUGCUUUGAUUUUAAAAAUAAUAAUCAAUAUUUUUGUAUUUAAAAAAUCAGUAAAGAUGGAUCAUUGGAAACUGAGCUUUGACAUUUUAAAAUCAAGUGGUGGCUUUUAAAUCAUAUGUUUACAAAUGCAGUCUCAUCACGGUUUAAUGAAACCCACAAAGUAACAGUUUUCAUGCUUUGUUUUGUUUUUGAGAUGUUUCAGCUGUUACUGGAAAAAGGAAAGUGAUGUUGCACAUUGAAGGCUAACUUUGAGGAGGCCAGAAUUAGUGUGAUCAGAUGGAUGAAGUGUAUUUGUGAAAGGGUGGUUGAGCUUGGAAUGCCAAAUCAUGGCUUGGUUUUAUUUCUUAUGAAUGAACAAUCAAGGAUUCUCAUUGCUGCCCUUACCUCCUGAUUUCCCUAUGGUAAUUCCUUCCUGGUUUUAGCAAAACAUUUCAUUUCUUUCAAAUUGGAAAUCUUCAAUUGUGGCACUCGCCUUGGAUAUCAGUACCAAGCCAUGGUUCGAUGUUGCAUGUAAACCUUUCUAAAAGUCCAUGCAAGAUUACGCUGCAAUUUUGCUCCAAGCAACAGGCUACUCUUUUGGAAUACAGUAGUACCUUGGUUUUCGAAUAUAAUCCAUUCCGGAAGACUGUUCGACUUCCAAAACGUUCGAAAACCAAGGCACAAUGGGUAGUCUGCAAUUUCAGUGGAGAAAAUUGGGGGGGAGGGAGGAACUCAGCGGAAGCUGUCCAACUUCCAAAAAGCGUUCAAAAAUGGAACCGAUUAGUUCCGGGUUUUCGGCAUUCAAAACUGAAACAUUUGGCUUCCGAGAUGCUCGGAAACUGAGGUACCACUGUAUAUCUUGCAGAGGUAUCAUAAAUUUGCAUUCUUGUUUUCAAUACAGGAAGAACAUUCUUCGUUUCUUGGAUGCAGAAAGAGAUGUCUCAGUAGUCAAAAGCAGCUUCAAGCCAGGAGAUGUAAUCCAUUACGUGCUAGACAGACGCCGCACACUAAAUAUUUCUCAGGAUUUACACAGUCUUCUUCCAGAAGUUUCACCAAUGAAGAACCGCCGAUUUAAGUCAUGUGCUGUUGUAGGAAAUUCUGGUAUUCUCCUUGAUAGUGGCUGUGGAAAAGAGAUUGACAACCACGAGUUUGUUAUAAGGUGAGCAUUCAUCUCUCACUUGACAGGUUGUCUUUUACUUCAGCAGUAAUGAACACAAAUGUUUUAACUUGGAACAAUGAUUUGGAAUUGCUAAAUGAUAACUUUCACUGUGUGGUGCCCAGAGUUAAAUAUAUUUCACAAUAAAAAGAAUAGGUCCGUCUUUUAUAUUGCAAAUGAGAAUUUGCACUGUUGGAGACCGCAGUGAGAUUUGUAAUAUUGUUUUGUAGUUUCUGGUUUUGCUCUUUAUGCAGGCAAAAAUCACUAUUCCAAUAGCAAGCUGGCUCUGCAAAAUGAAAAUGUUUUCAUUUUCUCCUUCCUGCCAAUAGUCAUAGCAGAAAAUCACCACCUUUACUUAUUAUAUAUGCACUGUAUGGGGUACAAUUUAUGUGAAAUGCAUUGAGGAUUAGCCAGAUAGCUCCCAUUAAGGGAAUUGGAAGUCACACAUCUAAACCCUUGUGUGCCACACCGAAAAUAUAUUCUGACUGCAUCUGCAAAUGUAUUCAUAUAUUUUAGUUUAAAUAAUUAGUUUGUCCAAAACAAAGUGUUCUACUUUGUCAAAGGUCAGCGAGAAAUUGAAAGGAGUUGUGGGCACUGUUUAAUAAACUGUCACGUACGAAUGUAAAACAAGUUUUAGUUGAAAAUACGAGGCAUUGGGUGCCAUCCAGAACCAUUAAAAAUCAAUCUGAGUCUUGCUGUUGGCUUGAGUGGAAUAUGGUUUAUGCCCACUAUGCUUUUAGCAAGUCACAGUUUUCCAUGCCUAAUAGAACGGACAUGAUCCUGCCACUUCCGUUUGUCUGAAUAGCAUUUUCUCAGCUCUUGUAUCAAAAUCAGUGGGCCUAAGUCUGCAGUCCUAAGCAAGUUCAGUAUUAUGAAGGCUCGAGUUCAGUGGGACUUACUUCUGAGUAUGUAUACCUAAGUCAUAGCUGUCAACGUUUUCCCUUUUUUUUAAAGGGAAAUUCCCUUAUUCCGAAUAGGAUUCCUCACAAGAAAAGGGAAAAGUUGAUGGCUAUGACCUAAGUACUUACUGUGUAAGUAAGUAAACACUAUUGAAAUCAGUGUGAAUUGUUGCUGUGCCUCAUUUUUGUGAGGUUUGGUUUUUGAUGUGAAUGUUGUUGUGUCAGACUAUAGAAUGAAGAUGUCUGUGAAAAAUUCAAAACUUGCUCUUUGCACAUUUAUGGCACCUACUUACUGCUAUUGUUGCCCUAAUAUACUGCUGCUUCAUCACCCUGUACAUUCUGCCCCAGUUACUCAUCUACAUGUGACUUGGCUGGGGCAAGGGGAGAACAGCCAGAUUGCCUUGGUCAUGGUGACCCAUGCCCUCAUAUUGGAUGUCCUGUCCCCUCUGCCCCCCAGAACAGUACCCGUGCUUUCACAAAAGUCUGUAUGUUUCAUGGGAAGUAAACAUUUUCUUGAAAUAUGCCCCAUGCUAUUUUAGCUUGGCGUUACUGAAAUCAUGCCUAGGAUUUCGCUGUGGAAAGUGCUGAUGGAUUGAACCUCUGCCCCCUCUCAUCACUGAUAAGUACAUCCAGGACUAAGUGCAGUGAGAGAUGGAAUGAUAUCUCAAAAUAUUACUGCACCUUUCUUUUCUUAAUUGCGGAAUGCUGUCCUUGAUCAAGGGACUUUAAAAAGAUCAAGAAUGCACACCCAGAACCCUACAAGACACUCCCUAGUCUACAUGCUAAACGUGAUGUCUUCUCAAUCAUUUGUUAAGAUGGGAUGAUACCUAUUAAGAGUUUUAGACCUUAAAGCAUGUAAGAUAAAAAGAAGUUAAAAGGUACUUGCUUUUUCUAUGUAUACAGUGAAAGAAACAGUAAGUGAAACAAACAUUAAAUAACUCCAAGACAUGCGCUGUUCAUCCAUCGACUCCAUCUAGGGUCUUUCACAAGCAUAUACAGUAGAUUUUUUGAGCUUAUAUUAGAAUAGCACAGGGGUCAGCAAAUUUCUUCAGCAGGGGCUGGUCCACUGGGAGAAAGGUUGUUUUCUGCUGCUCCAGAGAAGCGGACACGGAGCAAUGGAUCCAAACUACAAGAAAGAAGAUUCCACCUAAACAUUAGGAAGAACUUCCUGACAGUAAGAGCUGUUCGACAGUGGAAUUUGCUGCCAAGGAGUGUGGUGGAGUCUCCUUCUUUGGAGGUCUUUAAGCAGAGGCUUGACAACCAUAUGUCAGGAGUGCUCUGAUGGUGUUUCCUGCUUGGCAGGGGGUUGGACUCGAUGGCCCUUGUGGUCUCUUCCAACUCUAUGAUUCUAUGAUUCUAUGAUUCACUGUCCCUCAGAUCUUAUGGGGGCCAGACUUUUUUGGGGGGGGGAAUGAAUGAAUUUGUAUGCCCCACAAAUAACCCAGAGAUGCAUUUUAAAUAAAAGGACACAUUCUACUCAUGUAAAAACUCGCUGAUUCCCGGAUCAUCCGCAGGCCAGAUUUAGAAGGCGAUUGGGGCAGAUCCAGCCCCUGGGCCUUAGUUUGCCUAUCCAUGGAAUAGCAUAUUUGAGGCCUGGGUCUUUUAUUAGUGCCACCACCUGUUCUCCUAACUUAGGUUCUCAUAUUGCUCUAUUUGGACACGGAAUGCCCUGUGAUUUACUCUUCUUUCAUCUGUGACCAAUGCAGACCCAUUCCUUCUAGCCAGAAUCUGGGAAUGCUCUUCUUAUUUGCAUGUGUUCAGAAAGGGGACAGACUCACAGGAGUGAUUGCUUGUCUGAAAAGUAUAAUACAGGCAGCUGUCUUGGGAUUCAAUUUUGAAAAUAAUAGCACAUUCAAUACACUGGAUACAAGUCUCUCAAUGUGUUAGUCAAGUUAACUGCUAUAGUUGGCAUGUUGGAAUCCAGGGAUGUAUAAACUUUUAAUAUCUGCAGAGUAAUUCCAAUUUAUCCAGCAGUGAAUCUGCUAAAGCAAGAUGAAUGCAUAGUAUAGGAUAUUCAAGGAUGCCGUGUGCGAAGUAUUUGAAAUCAGCAAUGUAUGCAUUCAUUAUAUUCUAUUAAAUGAAUCUGGAUUUCUAUUUUUAAAGGGGCUAGACUUGAUAGAUCUUGCUCUUCUGUAAGAUAGCACAAAAAUACUGCUGUACUGUUCCUAGGGCAAUUCUCUGGAAGCAGUCUGUAUUACAAAAGAUAAGAAAAUUUAUUGCUAAGUCUCUGUGCAUCUGUAAAUGGCAUGGUUCUACUUCAUGCUUUCGCUGCAUGCUCUCUUGCAAGAGAUUCAGUCAAGAACUAACUAUAUAGUUAAGCUGAAAUACCUACCAUUAAAUUGAUCAGAUAGGUCACAACUGACUUUAUUGAUGAAUUAUAUGAAUAAAAUGAUAGGAAUGUUGCACUCCCCCACCAGAAACGGCAAUCAAACAUUUGUUCAGUUGAUUAGAGUAUCCUUGCUAGUGUGAGCACAAAUCAGCUACUGACUUUCUGUUGCUCUUCUGGCUCCAAUGUAAGAAUUGAAUCAGGCAUAUGUGAAAAGCCGUAAGGGAGGACAAAUAAACCUGUAUGUAUGUAGACAGGAAUGUAACAUAAGACUGUGAAAUAACACAGAGAUGAAGUCAAAAGAUGGAACUUCUGUAGAUUCCGUUUAGAUAUAUUUUCUUUCUCCCUCUCUUUCUCCACUCCAUCAAAUUUCCUGCCCACUAUUAUGCAGGCAGAGUUUAAUAAACCUGAUUCCUUAAGUGGCCUGUGUACCUCAGAAGAAGCCAUAUUUUUCAUUCUCUAGAGUGAUGUGUGGUCAAUGUUUUUAAUUUUUUUUAUAGAGUGGCAUUGUUGUGCUAGCUAAUGAUGCCAUUGCUUUCUACAUGGUGGGAGAAACUUGCUAGUAUUAUUCGAGAGAGUCUUCGUGUCUGCCACAUGGCCAAGUAUAGUGUCUAGAUGGGCUUAAGCUUUCUUGACUCAGGAGGAAGGCCCAUAAAAUAGCCAUACUUAGCCAAGACUCAGGAAGUAACAGAUCCCUUCUGAAUAAAGGAAAUUGGUCUUCAGCAUAUUUGGUUGCAACCAACACUGGUGCUCUGCCUGCGCAACAGAUUUUCACUCGUACAGUGGGACUUCCCUUUCCUCUUGAUUGCAGACACCACCACACCUCAAACCCUCAAUAUCUGUUAGGGAGAAGAUUAAGGGGGAUGCAAGGAGAGGAGGAGAAGGAGGAAAGUUCUGUUGUGUGCUCACGCAGUGUUGAAUAUAACCCAUUAUGUCCGUGUCUAAAUAUCACUCAAGAACAAGCAUGCAUGCAAAAAGAUGGUAACUUGUUGGUUAUGUAAUUCCAAGCAAGUAGUUUAUCCCUGCUUCACAAAAUACUAUUGAACUAGUAAAAGGUAAAGGUACUCCUGACCGUUAGGUCCUGUCGUGGACGACUCUAGGGCUGCGGUGCUCAUCUCGCUCUAUAGGCCAAGGGAGCUGGCGUUUGUCCUCAGACAGCUUCCGGGUCAUGUGGCCAGCAUGACUAAGCCGCUUCUGGUGAAGCAGAGCAGCACACGGAAACACCGUUUACCUUCCCGCUGGAGCGGUACCUAUUUAUCUACUUGUACUUUGAUGUGCUUUUGAACUGCUAGGUGGGUAGGAGCUGGGACCAAGAAACGGGAGCUCACCCUGUCGCGGGGAUUCGAACCGCCAACCUUCCGAUUGGCAAGCCCUAGACUCAGUGGUUUAGACCACAGCACCACCCGUGUCCCACCACUAUUGAACUAGGUCAUAUUUAAUAAGUAUGCUUACAUUUUUAUUAUCACUAAACAUACCUAGAAUUCAAUAUAACACCAAGGAGACAAAGCGACAAUCCCCUGUACUGAUUGUAAGCGGCUGGUCAGAAAUGUCAUAGCAGCUGCUGCCCCUGGUUCUGAAGUUUCAUGGCUCUUCAAUGGAGGAGAAUGUACUAUUGGAAGAGAAUGGGGUGGCACGGCAGGCAGAAUUUGGCCCGCAGGCCUUAAGUUCCCCUAUGCUGUACUAAAUCAUGCACUAUUCUGCUUCCCAGUACCUCUGCAAUUUCCACAAUACCUGUUGCAGAUUAUACCCCAACAUCUUACAUUUAUAUUUUGUGGAUGUACGGUAUAUUUUCCAUGCAGCAUAUCUUUAGCUCUCCAGCUGGUAGUCUCAUGGACAUAUAAGUAUUAUCUGUAUAAUCUUGACAUAGCAAAGCAGAUAGAAAGAUAAUGUGUAUGUAGAUUUGAAGAACUGGAUUGUAGAUUUAAAAAACAACAACCCAGGAAUAAAGUGUCUAGGCCACAUCUGCUUGUUAAAGCAAACACUCCAGUCUUUCCUACAGAAAGCAUUAGAGUAAUUUCAGAAGGUAGAUGUAUAGAUCAAGGAUGACAAUCAUUAUUUUAUGCCGUGUUAUUUUUGCUACCUGUUAUUCACAUGGAAAAACUAGCCUUUGAAGCUGUCACACGAAAGGCCAUGCAGGUCCCCAAAGACCCUUUUAUAUCCAAAACUGAAAAAGUCACUGUAAAAAAAAAAAAAGAAUGAGUGAACGUGUUGUUGGCCCUCCAAAAGAGAUGAGAUUUUGCAGAUCAACAAUGAGAGACUAAAAUGAGUGACAACUAUUUUAAAAAUGUUCAUUUUUGUUAAAAAAAGAAAACAGUGGUUCAGCCUGUUCUUCAUAUAGUCUGAAAAUUUAUUGCUUUACCAGGCAGGUUUUUAAUCUUGCCUAAAGACCAGAUGGCAGGACUGGAGAGGCUUUCACUCUCAAGAGACUUGGGUGAAACACGGGUGAAACUGGCUACCUUAUAUUCUCUUUCCCCCUGAAAUUUAAAUAUAUCCCUUUUGCUUAUUUUUUUCAUGCCCUUACAAACUACUGGCUUCAACAGAUGAAACAAUCUGAGAACUAUGUUUAGCAUCCUUCAUGCAACUAAGAACUGAGAAUGUGAGUUCUUUCCCCCACUUUGUUCUUUCUUCCUCAAACUAAUCAAUUGCAGCAUGCUGAAACAACUGCCACUGUUUUUAGCAAAGCAAUACACAGUCCAUAAAUAGGUACUGUAAAAAGAUAAAAUUCACUUUCCUAAAUUUGUUUCUGCACAGAAUGAGUGGCCUCAUGCCUGUAGAUUUACAUACUGCAUGCUUGCGAAAGUGGGGACUGUCAAGUGACAUUAAUGAAACCUCAAAAUAUAAAUGCAAAAUAAAAUUUUGAUGGAUUUUAGUAGCUUUCUAUAUUGCAGAAGAAUGUACUGCAGUUGGCUCAUGGUAUCAGGGCCUCAGAGUCACACAGACUGGCUAUUGUCAAUAGGAAAGAAAUAUAUUUCCUCUUUUUCAAAAUCCAGAAUAACAACAAGAUAUAUACCAGGCUUCCUCAGUGUUGGCCGUCCAGAUGUUUUUGGCCUACAACUCCCAUGAACCCUACUAGCAGGACCAGUGGUCAGGGAUGAUGGGAAUUGUAGUCUCAAAACAUCUGCAGGGCCAAGGUUGAGGAAGCCUGAUCUAUAUAUUAGGCAAACAGCUUGCACUUACAGUCCUAGUAAGGUUAGCUCAGAGAUGUAGAACCUGUGGCCCUCCAGAUGUUGUUGGAGCCCAUCAGCCUCAUACAGCAUAGUUUAAUAGUCAGCAGUCAUGGGAGUUGUAGUCCAACAAUGAAUGGAGAGUCCUGGGUUCCUUAUCUGCAGGGUAGCUGAAUAGGGUGUUCCGAUUCAUAUCUUUUUUGCAGCCAUUUCUUGCUCUCUCAUGAUAACUGUUGUUUUUUUAUGGCCUGCUUAAAAACUUAAGAGAUAACACAUUUUAUGAUUUGCUGCAUGCAUGAACUGUUAAAUAAAACGUUCGUUUGUAUCCUAAGUGUCAGUGCCUGCACACUUGAAACUUUGAAGUUUAAGUUCUGUAUUGGUCUGGCCCAUAAGUAUUCGUUGGUAAGGCUAAGACCAGUAAAAUAGCAAAUGGGUUUAGAGUCUGUUUUUAGUUAACCUCAUCACUUUUAACACAGCAAUAUGUGCAUAUGUACCACAGGCUUUGUAUGGAAGAACAAAACCCGGGAGGGUAUGCUGGAAAAGUGUAACUCAUGAAAUAGCUGGACACGGAAAACCUUGAAAAGAGCUCUCUGCUUCUGAAGAAUGGUAUAGAGGCAAAUUUGUGCAAUGAUAUAUAUAUAAAGAAAAGCAGGAAAAGUGCUGGGAGGUAGAGUGGUUCUAUGAGCUGUGGCUUAAGGCCCGUAUUUUUCGCUCUACAAGACACACCAGACCAUAAGACGCACCUAGUUUUUGGAGGAGGAAAACAAGGAAAAAAAUAUUCUGAAUCUCAGAAGCCAGAACAACAAGAAGGAUCGCUGCGCAGCGAAAGCAGCAAUCCCUCUUGCUGUUCUGGCUUCUGGGAUAGCUGCGCAGCCUGCAUUCGCUCCAUAAGACACACACACAUUUCCCCUUACUUUUUAGGAGGGAAAAAGUGAGUCUUACAGAGCAUAAAUACAGUAUGUUACAUUGGCCAGACAGAUGCUUCCAAAAAGCGCAUCCCUGUAUAAUGUUCUCUGAUACAGAUCUAUGCACAAGUUACAACAUUGUACAAGUACUUAUACUUUUUUUAGGGGAGAGGGCUCUGUCAUAAUGGGAAAUUCUUCUUCUCUGACUGUGGGUAACUUAUAAAUACCCACUUACCUGAUACCUACAAAGUAACCUAUGUGUUUUGCCUAACAUUGGAGACAGGUCAAGAGAAUGGUAUAUAAGUAUACAGAGAUGGGGAAUCAGCCAUUGUGUAUUUCUCCCCCACCCCCCUAAAGGCUGUGGUGCAGCCUGAAAUCUCCAUAGCACCCACAAUCUAUGUAGUUUGAAUGUCUGCCACCUUCUUCAUAUUCCACCUUAACACUCUUUCAAGAUGACUUCACAUCAUCCAGCUUUUCUUCUCCAUCCCUUUGCUUUGCUUAUUUCGCCUGACGAGGAGUUCUUGCAGAAGUGCACUUAAAAUAUGUAUAUGCCUCCAACCCUCCAAUAUCUAAAAUGUACUGAAUUUUUCUGCUCUGGAGAGAAGCGGCAACAUAGAACCCUUAUCCUUUUUCUGACUAUGUUUCAUAGUAGCUACAGGAACUCCCAAUUUUUGUUUCUGUUUCAUUUAGUUGCAAUGCAAUUUUUUUAAAAAAGCAUCAUUAAUUUUCCCAUUGUGAAACACUGAUGUUAGCUAAAAUAGUGAAAUUUUUCUAAGGUUAUUUUGCUGCCAUUGUUUCCUGGUUGCUCACAGACUGCAUUUUAAAUCCUUCCAUAAACAUAUUAAUGGAAGGUUGUGCAACAAAGGUAUCAGUAGCAUUGCAGUCUUUCACAGGAAGUGAUGAAUCACUGAUACUCUUGCUGUUCAUAUUUAUAGUCAUGCACCUGCUUCCUUGAGUCAAUAUGCAGUCUGAAGAAUGGCACUUAUUUCAGAUAUGUGCUCAUGGUGGAAUGGACCAUGCUGCAAAUGGCUGAAAUAUUUACAGGAGUGUUUUGUAAGAUGAAGUGCUUUUUGAAAUAGAAGGAAAGGUGGCUAGAUUAUCACAACAACUGAGAUUUUAAAUAACAAAGCUGCCCAGAUAUUAUUUUGCGCAGACGAAAAGGAAAGCUUUUCUUCCUUCUACCUUCUGAGUAAAAGAGACAUUAAUUUAGAUGGGGAAAGUAAAGAUUAAGGUGUAUCUGGAAUUCUCUUAUUUGCAGUAGGUGAUUGGGUGUGGUGAUCUAAUGCUUCUAGUAUUCUUCAGCUUAUACUUGGCAUUUAGGUAACUGCGGCCUGGUAGUCAUUUAAGACUUGUGGACAUGUAUUUUUUAUUAUAAUUACUAAAAACCUAUGUGGAGAUUUGCGGGUUGUACUUUAGUUGUACUAAAGUAACCAUGGUGGGUCCAGGAUGCCAGGGGGAUUGCCUCCUCUUGUACCAACCUACCUACUUCCCUAAUAUGAGAUGGAGAGGCCCUUAUCUGUGUCCCAUCUAGGAUGAAAGCGUGGUUGGUGGUGGCAUGGGAUAGAGCCCUUUAGUGGCUCCCACCAUCAUUGUGGAACUGUCAGGAUUCAGCCCUUACCAGCCCAUAAACCUGAGGUCUCCUCAGAAGAGGAGCAGAGGAUACGGUGAACCAGGUAGGAACUUCAGAGCUGCAUCAAGCAUGGAUGGACUAGUUGGAUGCAAGGCUACUUGAGAAACCGAGGAAGCACCUGCUCAGAUCAGGGCUGGCUGAGAGCUGGGAAGGGGCAGAGCUUCCAGAUCCUGUAGAAGCUCCCAGUCUGAGAUGAUUCAUUGUGGAGGCAAUAGUUCUUAUUCAAACUCCAUCCUGCCUGACCUGGGGAAUAUGGACAGGGCACUUUGCCUUGAGAAGACUAGAUGUACCCCAGUUACCUAUGGCUUUUUAAAAUGGCAAUUAUUUUUCUAAACCUGAAUCCAAUCCUUAGCAGGAGAUUUGCAGGACAGACAGCCAAAUCAUAUGGAGAGGCUAUUGUCCCUACUUCCUAUAGGAAGCAAUAAGGUCAGUCCCUCAGUAGCCUUUGCUAUUGAUGUCAGCCUGUGACCCCUGUUCCUAUGUAGUGAUGCCUAGAGUUAUACUAGGUGACCAGUAUAAUAAGUUUGCUAUGCCCUCACGCCUGCCUUUGCUUACAAAUGGCAACACAUUUGGGAUUUUAAAAUAGAAAGCUGCCACUUAUACAAUGGCAUUUGAGGUUUUAUGGAAUAUUUGACAGCAUUUUACAAUGUUCAAAUAAUAAGCAGUCAGUUUAUGUCAACUAAGUAGCAUGGCAACCAUUUUAUAAAAAUAUACAUGUUUUUACAGAUAAAUAUGUGAGCAGGGCUGCCUUACAGUUUGAAAUACCAGCGGUAGAAUGAUUAAUUUGAUGGUUCUUAUGACAGCAUUCUUAUCAGUGCAUCCUGAUGGCAACUGUCGAAAGGGUGUAAGUGUGAGUGAGUGUGUGUUAGGGAUGAAUUCUUCUAUUCCAAUCUGUGUCAGAUCUGCCUGUGCUCAUCCAUAAACCCAUUCUGUCCAUUUCUGAAUUAAUAUAUGGAAUCUGCAGGGGAAUGUGGGUUUUACACACAUUUUGACACUUUUUGAAGCCAAGAUCUGUGUUACAAAACUUGGAGAAGUGCAAAACCCCUAGGAUAAUUGUGUGAUGAUUUACACAUUAGUCUGGGAGGUGUUGAUCAGGUUAGUCCGCAUUGGAAUUCAGAGAAAUCAAAUUCCUCUAGAACCCUUUGUGGUACAUUUAGAGUAAAUGAACACUGUGUUAAUUUCAAGAGCACUGGUUAGUUCCUUACAGCCUAACUAUAAAACAUUCUUCAGAAGUUCGUUGCAUUCAUCAAAAUGGUGCUUAUCUUCUAGGGAACAUACUUUAAAUCAGUGGCCCAUUCAUUCAGCAGGUACGCUGUUCUUCGUCUUGCUUAAGUGCAUCAUAAAGUAAGAGGUCCUUGUUGAUUUCAGUGGGAUUUAAGAUGCUUCUGGAUUUCACCCAAUAUUUUUUAGAUGGUUAGAUGCCACACAGUGCUUUGUGAAAGCAUGUGGGACGCCACAGCCUUGCACGUUCAUUUUCAGCCUUUAUUUCACGCACACCUUUUUAUCUGAGUUAAUGUUUCAUAUUUAUUAUUUUAUUUUUUUCCAUUAAUCUCUUCCUCUUCAGGUGCAAUCUAGCUCCCGUGGUGGAGUAUGCUGCCGAUGUGGGGACUAAAUCAGAUUUUAUUACCAUGAACCCAUCAGUUGUACAAAGAGCAUUUGGAGGCUUUCGGAAUGAGAGUGACAGAGAGAAAUUUGUGCAUAGGCUAUCCAUGCUGAAUGACAGUGUCCUUUGGAUCCCUGCUUUCAUGGUCAAAGGCGGAGAGAAGCAUGUGGAGUGGGUUAAUGCAUUAAUCCUUAAGAAUAAAUUGAAAGUGCGAACUGCCUAUCCAUCACUGAGACUUAUUCAUGCUGUCAGAGGGUAAGUGUCUGGAAAAGACUGGCCUGUCCUUGGCACAAUAGAACUCAUAACUAAAAUUUUCACUAGAGUGAAAGAAUAGCACUGGAAAGGUUUAUGAUAAUUCUGUUCUUACCACAAUGGAGUAUGCUUUCGAUAAAGUCAUGCUUGUUUGCCUGAAAACGUUUCCCACUCAUUUAGUCCAGGCAGAGGCAAACAUUGGCAAUGAUUUGAUUUGGUGACCUCCCUUUCCUCUUUUUAUGGGACAGAGCCACUUUAUGAGGAAUUAUUUGAAACCUUCUAAUUUAUAACAGAACCAGCUAAUCCCAAUAUUAAACACUCUUAUUUGAAAGUUGUGUUUCUGUCCUCCAGCUGUAUGCGUUAAAUUUCUUUUUCUGAAAAAGGCCUUUAGUAGCUAUAAUUCUUCUGUACAAUCAAGAAAAUGGAUAAGCUUAACAGGCCAGACAUGGAAUACCUCUUCGUGAUUUGUUUUUCUCUCAAUCCUUCUUGUACCUCUUUUUAAAUCCUCCCCAAAAGUUUCUGUGUCAAUUUAGAAAAUAUAGACAAAGUUGCUAUUCUAAUUUCAGCUUACCUAAUUGUGUAAAAAUCAUGUCUAGCUCCUAUUGCCCUAGUUCCUCUGUUUAUGCAUUAAGAAUUGCAUUAGUCACUUUGUCACAAAAGUCGAAUUCUUGUCUGUUGUGAUGUAUUAAGUCUUCCUUAGAGACACUUCUUUCUAGGAUUUAUUUAUUCAUUGUGCUGCAUUGCUGUGCUGUGUGUUUUCCUGUUUCGCUUUUUCCUCUUUUCUUUUUUAAAAAAUGGUAUCAUAGCAUAUUUGUGGCUAGAAUUAGCAGGUUUUUCAGUCCAUUAAGCAUUGCUUGCUUAUUAAAUGGGAGAUACCCUGUGGAUUGAAGAUGCUUUAUGAAAUGAUAGGAUUUUCAUACUGAACUUGCUGUCAGUAUAUGUGCCCUAUGCAAAUUUAACUGUCAAGUAUGUAGUGGGUUGGAUGCAGAGAAAUGCAUGCAUAAGAAACUGGAAGAAGCAAACUUUAAUACCCCUCCUCCCUGGCAGAAAACCUCCCCCAUGAGCUGUGGCACAGGGGUCUGAGAGAGCAGAGAAUAUCUGAAAACAGAGGUUGCCCUCAGCCAUUUUUUUUUCAUAACCCCUCUUUUUCCUCUCGGCCCACUGCUUUAUUCCAUCCAGCAAUGUCCCCUGAUCCCCUGGGAAGCCUUCUCCAAGAGCCUCUGGUGGAGAAGGUCCUAUUAAGCACACAUUUCUCUGGAUCCAACAGAAUAUUCUCUUCACUGAUAGAACGUUUGAAUAUUAAUCUAAUCCAGGCGGUGACCAUAUUGUGCGGGGGUUCCAUUUCCAGUCCCUGUGCAUGUCGGGUGUGUUCAUAAGCCUGUCCCAUUCCACCCCCAUUCUGCCCUCUUCCAAGUCCAAAAUAACUCACGUGUUGGCGAUCGCAUGUCAAUUGGAUGCACCUGAAAUGUUCACCGCUUGUAUAAAAGGGUAAAGGGACCCCUGACCAUUAGGUCCAGUCAUGACCGACUCUGGGGUUGCGGCACUCAUCUCGCUUUAUUGGCUGAUGGAGCCGGCGUACAGCUUCCGGGUCAUGUGGCCAGCAUGACUAAGCCGCUUCUGGCGAACCAGAGCAGCGCACCGAAAUGCCGUCUACCUUCUCGGUGGAGCGGUACCUAUUUAUCUACUUGCACUUCGAGUUGUCGAACUGCUAGGUUGGCAGGAGCAGGGACCAAGCAACGGGAGUUCACCCCGUUGCGGGGAUUCGAACCGCCGACCUUCUGAUCGGCAAGUCCUAGGCUCUGUGGUUUAACCCACAGCGCCACCCGCAUCCCAUCACCAUUUGUAUAGAUCAGCUUUUAAAUCUCAUUCAAAACAUUGUAUCAAUUUGGAGAUUGACUUGGCUCUGCCACCAAAGUUAGAAGCUUCCACAUGCCCAUUGCUGGAAACGGCAGGACAGGAGAGUGUUCUUGGGCUGGAGUCCUGCUUGCAGGUUUUCCAUAAGAAUCUGGGUGGCCGCUAUGAGAGAGAAUGCUGGACUAGAAUGGCCAUUGGCCUGAUCCAACGGGCUCUUCUAUGUACCCCAUUAAAACCAUUUUAAAUAUGUACCAGAAGGUUUUGUCCAUUUUGCAAGUGUACCUGAUAUUGUUAUGAUGGGGCUCUUUCUUAUAUCCGCAUACGUUCACAAGUCAUUUCAAAAUUUUAAGUAUAUUACACAAGCACAGCUAACAAUCAAAUGAACAAUCUUUCUGGAAAAAAAUAGCUCUAAUGCAGUAAAUGGUUUUUUUAAAAAAAUGAAAUAAUCUAGAAACAAAUCAAGCAUACAUUAACUUCCACAGAGAACUCUCCUUUCAGCUUUUCUGUCAUCUUCCCCAGUCUAUAGUUACCCACAAGCAAACAAACAAAACCCUUCAUAUUUUUCCUGUGAGAGUAUCGAUAGAAGUUCAACUUCUUUCCGCUCGGAUAGGGAUUGAGUGUGGGAGAAGGAUUUGAUUCAGUUCUCAUUUAAAGGUAAACCUGCUUAAUUUCCAAAACAUUGCAUGAACUGAAAUACAGCCAUCCUUUGAAAUGGCUGUACAGUGUCUACAAAAAUGCCUAUGUGAGGGUAAAGUGUGCAAAAAAAUGCAUAUAUUCAUGAAAAUGACAUACCAGAAUGCAUUCUAUCUGGAGAAGUAGCUUUGCAAAAAUGUGUGGAUUUGGAGAAAUUUGUACUAAUUAAUUUUCACGGCAGCUGACAUGGAAAUGGGGAGAACUGAACAAAAGAUUAGAGAAAUGAGCAACUUAGAGAAACCACAAUUGACAGAUUCUCUCAUCCCUGUUCUUGAUAACACAUGCUGGCAAUAUUUGCAUUAUACUUACAUCCAAGGAAAGACUGCACUCAGAAGCAGAGAGUAGAGCCAAACAUCUGAAUGCCUUUUCCAAUUGUUCUCUGUGUGACUUUUCUCACAAGUAGUUGAAAGGAUUCAAAUGCAGGCCCUGUUUUAAAAGGCUGGGGUUUUUACUCAGCUGUAAUGUUUAAGCCAGUCUUUUAAAUUCAACUUUCCCCAUCUUCAGAUCUUCCCAAGAAGAAAAACUGUGACAUUCCACGCAGCAACAUGAAUGAUCUUUUCACUCUAGCAUCUGAACAUUUUUCAGCAGCACUUUUCUGGGGCCCUUGCUCCCCAUAGCUUUGUUGAUUACUCUGUUAAAUAAGCUCAUAUCACCUGUUAGUUACAGAGGUAGAGAGUUGCCACCAUUAUACCUGGUAGGACUCCUGUGGAGCUGCACAAAAAUUGAGACAAAAAACCAGAAAUGAAACAGUUGCGGGGGUUUUGGGUUUUUAAAAGUCUGGUUCAAAGAUGUAGUGAUGGAAGAAACCUAUACAUGAAAUUCUGUAUGUCAUGCAGUUAUUUUGUUUGCUGUUGGAUUGUUAGGGGAGAAUUUAAGACCAUCAGAGCCAUUUAUGGGGGAGGAAUACAUCAAACAACAAAGCAGACAGGCUUUCAGAAUUAAAAAUCAGGAUUAAAAACUAAAAAGCAAGGAUCUUUGCCUCCUUCUGAAAGGAAAGGAAAUCUGCAGUUCUAUGAUUCUAUAAUUCUUGGGAGAGUCAUGGUGUUCCAUUGGAACAGGUCCUGUACUUGCUUCAAUUUCAGUUGUGAAGGGACCAUAGGGGGCCAUUUGAGGAUGGUCUUAAUUCAGAGAUGCUUGCAAAGUUUUCGUGAGCCAGGUUUAGGGAAGUCUUUUAGGAACUCAUAAAAAGCAUGCUCCAAAGGCAAGGCGAGCUUUACUGACAUUAUUCUGUUUGGAUGAAAAUCCAUGGCAGAAAAGAUGGGCCCAGCUUCCCUGGCUGACGAAUGCUUUCCAUGGCCAGAAGAGAAUUGUCUCCUGGCUGAGCAAAGCUUUAUCAGCCAGGCAUCAUGGCAGCAAAAGAUCCAGUUGAAAAUAGUUUUGGCAUGCUGAAUAUUCGGCUGCCAGAACCUCUACCAGCCACUUACUUCAUUACUGUUUAAUGUGAUGGAACAAGGUUGCUCCAUCCCAUUAAAUAUUACCAGAAUCAAGAAGUACAGGGGCAUUAGAGAGAGAGUAGGGAAGCCAAACCUUCAUGAAGGACCUGCAUAGGUUGGUGUUACCAUUUUGGGACUUGUGUCCCUGCCCCUCUUUUUCCCAGCCUUCUCUGAUGUACUGAGUUCACUAAUUAAGUGUUUAUGCCACCAGAUGAACCCACAAAGACCUAUAUUUUCCUAGCUAAGCAGAGGGAAAGUGUCUCUUUAACUUCUUGUUUAAAAGCAGUGACGGGGCACACCAGCAGAGCUCAUCUGGCAGGGCUGCUUGGGUAUCUGUUAAACCCUGCCGUUGCCAUCUCCCUGUCCCAGUUCUGUCCAUGUAAGUUGUAGCAAUGCCUAUGUGAGGAGUGCAGUCUCACAUCUUUGCCCCAUCACACCAGCUGCUGCUGAAAAGUAGGCCUUUUCUGAUAUGGUGCUAUAGGAAAAGAAUGCAGUGACUAGAAAAACUGAGAAACCUGCUGGCUCUGAUUGGGAACAAUUCUCUUUUUUUGUAUUAUUUUUUAUUCAUUUUACAAUACAAAAAUAUAAAAACACAUAACACAAUUUUUCACAAAUACAUUUUUUGGAGUUCCCUCAGCUCUUCUGCAAAUCCUCCGUUUUAGUCCUUCUUCCGCGUUUCUUAAUCUAAUAUUGCCUAUUAUUAAAAACCUCCUCCCUCUUGUUCCCUUUUUUACAAUAUUUCUGAUAUUAUUUUCACAGAGCCUCUUGCAAACCUACAAACGUUAAUUGUUCAUCGCAAAUACUUUUCAAAUAGUCUACAAAUUUACUCCAGUCUUCAGUGAAUCUGUGGUCUCGUAGGCCUCGGAUCCUUCCUGUUAGUUUAUCAAGUUCUGCGUAUUCCAUUAACUUCAUUCUCCAUUCUUCCAUCGACGGUAAUUCUUCCUGUUUCCAUUUUUGGGCUAGCAGUAUUCUUGCCGCUUGCUGUUACUGUGUAUAGAAAAAGCUUGUCGUCUUUUCUGUUUAUUUCAUUUCCUACCAUUCCUAAGAAAAAUGCUUCUGAUUGGGAACAAUUCAUGGAGUUGAUACUACAGUUGGGUAUAAAUGAUGCUGGGUCAACAUGGCUUUCGUUGAGGCAGUUCCCUUUUCCUAAUUGGACAUAUUUAGUAUUUUUAGUGUCAUAUUUAGCAGAGUGUACAACAGGACUUUUCAGAAAUAAUGUUGCCUAGAAGAAAAUAUAUGAGUAUUAUGUGGUUGUUAAAAUUUAGAAAAAUGUAAUAUUUUAAAUGAAAUUGUACAUUUUGUGUGUGUGUGUGUGUGUGUGUGUGUGUGUGUGUGUAUCCUCUUCUCUUGUUAUGGAAACCUUUAACAACAACAACAACAACAACCUUUAUAAUUGAUCUGCACUCAUCCGUAAGAGCUUAGAAGUGCAAAACAUAUUAAGCUAUGCUGACUUUAAAGAAUAUUUAAAUCAAAUGAUAUUAUAUGAGUCUUGGAUUCUUGGGUACCACACUUUCUGUGGGCAGAACAGUAAGAACAAACUGGAAAGUACUACAUACAUAUUGCCCUGACCACAAAAAUAAUGGAACUUGAAAAUUGUAUGGCCUAGGGGAAACUGUUUCAGAAAAUGUUGCAAAUCCCUAUUCAUUUGUUAAGCCUUUCCUCUCCCCAUUGGAAGAAAGUAGGUGUGUGUGUGAGAGAGAGAGAGAAGCAGAGGGUGGGGGUGUGUGCGCGCGCUUCAUGCUGGGUUGAGAAUUUCCUCUGGGAUGCAAUGCCUGAACAGGCACAGUGUUGUGUUGUAUUCUAUUAUGAAUCAAGCCUCGUAUGCACUUAAUAUGAUCUGUGCACGUCAAAGCAAUCUUGCUCUUCCGACAAAAGGGAGUGAUAUUGUUGUCGGCUUCAGCUGCUAUUGAGCACAGCAAGAUCUUGAAAACAUGAGCCAUUAAGUUACUAUCUAAUAAGCAAAUUAUGGCAAAUUAAGGAAUGCAAAUUUAGCAGAGGCAUAAGAAAAGAGUACAAUGGGGAACUGAAGAUUGCUGCUAGGCGGUGUGUGUGUGUGUAAGAGUCAGGAAAUAGCAACAUACUCACUGAGGCCUUGCCUUUUAAUUGAAGAAGGGAGGAAGCGGUGAAAAAGCUUCUUAUGAUGUUCCCAUUAGAUAAUACCAGUUAUCACUGGCUGCGCGACAACACCAAGAGGAGAUAAUGUGGGUGCUACUGUUGAAACUAACGGCGUUCCGUGUGCUGCACUGGCUCGCCAGAUGCAGCUUGUCACACUGGCCACGUGACCCGGAAGUGUCUUCAGACAGCACUGGCCCCCAGCCUCUUAAGUGAGAUGGGCGCACAACCCUAGAGUCUGGCAAGACUGGCCCGUACGGGCAGGGGUACCUUUACUGUUGAAACACAGAUGAAUUUGAUUUGUGGGAAAUACGAACCUAUGGAAGUUAGUCUAAUGUAUAUACUCUUAGACCACCCAUCACCAUGCCCAGUUAGUAGAUGGCUCUGCGUACUAUGGGAGGAAGGAGGUGCAGAUAAGACUAGAAGAGCCAUAGCUCCAUGGUAGAGUGCACACUUUGCAUUCAGAAAGCCCCCAGCUUCUUCCAUUAAAGCAGGAGUGGCUAAUAUUGCUGUAUCCCAACUCACAACAUUCCCAGACAGCAUGACCAGUAGUAGGAAUUACUGUUGCUUUUCCAAAGCCAUCACUUCACCAUUGGAGGCAGUGUUAGAAACUGAGAUAUGAAAGGCUAGGAGCUAAAUGGGACCUUAAACCUAGGUUGCACAUAAAGGCCACAAUCCAGCCCACCCCCCUGUGAAAGACACAAUGACACAUGAUUUAAGUUUAAACGUUAAUGGGCAAAAUUUGGCCACAACUUUAUUGAUUACAGAAUGUGAGCUGUGUUGGCUUAGGCAUUGGCAUCCAAACUAUAACUGACUCCUGCCCGCCUUGCAGGGAGACUGGUAAGGGUAACCACCCAAAGAGGGAGCUCGGUCGAUGGCAAUCAACUUGAGCUCUACCCUGGGGCUCCCGGUGGGACGUGGCAUGGACCUCACCCCUCUGUGGGCUUCAGAUGAAAUCCAGACCCCCGGAUUCCUUUAACGGAAUACCCUUGAUCAUGGAGGGACAGGUGAUGGCUGCACCUCCCCUCCCCCCCACACCACUAAUCCAAUGCCUAACUGCCACACGAGCCACUCGCUCACCCCCAAUACCUCACACCUGCCAGAUAUGAAUGCUAGGAGCUAAUGGCACCUUAAACCUAAGUUAUGGGCGCAACAACAGAAUGUCCAGGCACGCUUUUUUAAUAACAAUAAUACAAAGCUGAAAAUGAAUGAACUGCAGCCAAAAUAUUAUGUUCAUUUUUCACAUGGUCUAGUCCUUCCCCUGCCCACUCCCCUAAUAUUCUUAAGAGGGUCUCUCCUCCAGUCUUCAGAGAGUAGCUGGAAGUGGGGAGGCAGAAAAAGGUCCUCCUUUCCUACCACUCUGCAGUUAUAAUCUGAAAUCUUAGGCGCAGUACUGCGCCCAGAGCUCAGAAACUGCUCGCGCUAAUGAAAUUUCCUGUCGCAAAAUGCACCUAGAACACUGGCAGUUUCGAACACUGAUUGGAGGUGCUUAGUCCAUAAACCAUGGGAGCUGUCCCAUAGCAAAGGUACUAGCAUAGACAGUAUUGCAUAUUUAUAGACAGCAUUGGGGAGACGUUGUUGGUGAUGCUGGGACACCUUGGGCCUGUUCUUCCUACAAAUCAAAAGCACUCUAGUCUUACCUCGUUGAUCGCUGAAGGGAUGAAGUUUAGGCUUUGGGAAAACAAAUCCCCUCAGGUCCAUACAUGCCUGCCCUGGGCAUGGACACAGCUGCCACUACCUCUUCCAGCCCAGGCUUUGUGGAAGAGGGUUCCCAAGUGAAUGACUGGUAAUGUCACUUGCCUGUUCAAGCUUAAGAAAACCCUGAGCUAGAUAAUAGUUGCAGUAGUGGUAGCAGUGCCUGCUGGAUCUCUGUGUUUGUGGCACAGUGGAAAAGGAACACAGGGCUGCUCUGCAAAUGACUGAGUAGUAAAGCAAACAAAGGGAGCAAAAGGAUGGGUGAUUAACAAAGCGGAGAGUCUAUGCCAGCCGGAAAAUGCGUGAAGCCCCUCAUUGGGUAAAAGUUGGGUAAAAGAACAAAGGCCUGUGGCAGAGUUCCAGGACUGCAGUUUGUCCUUGGAAAAAUGUUAAGUCAGUUUGGAGUAAGCUCAGCAGUUUAUAAUUUUAUGGAGGGAAAUAAAGAUGUAAGAUUGCUGCAGUUUAAACAUCAAGUGGCCACACCCCAAUGAUGCAGGUGCCAUCCCUCCACACUCCAGCUGGGUCACUAGGUGGUCCUGGAUGUCCUCCCACAACACUGCCCCUCAGGGAAGGGGAGCAGACAUGUAAGAUUGAUUUGGUUAAACUAGAAUAUGUAGCCAUAAUCAAAGGAAACCAUGGAAGGAUGGAUGGGAAGUCAAUUAAUUGUAUUUUUUUCCCUCCUUUUUUGUGCUUAUUUCUUUCUUUGUUUUUUCUUUCUGUAUUUACCAAUCAAUAAAUUUAAGUUAUAGCAUUAAAAAAAGCAUUGCAGUUUUCCCUGGUGUGCUCUAGAGGAAAGGUUAGAAGUUAACCUGUGAGCAGGAGAGCAGGGCAGACUGCUAGGCAACAGACAGGACUGUGCCUAUGGGAAAAGCGAGAUCUUCUUGGAGUGUAAAGCUGGGAGCAGGUUCAGGCUGUGUACAGUGGUACCUCGGGUUAAGAACUUAAUUUGUUCCGGAGGUCCGUUCUUAACCUGAAACUGUUCUUAACCUGGGGUACCACUUUAGCUAAUGGGGCCUUGUGCCGCUGCCGCGCAAUUUCUGUUCUCAUCCUGAGGUAAAGUUCUUAACCCAAGGCACUAUUUCUGGGUUAGUGGAGUCUGUAACUUGAAGCGUCUGUAACCAGAAGCGUCUGUAUCCCGAGGUACCACUGUAUAUGUGCAAAUAAACCAUAUAUCAUAAAGAUACCACAUUUGUGUGCCAUUUCCAAAGGAAACAUGAACCCCUGAGCAAACGCCUGGAACUCUCUGGAAUCACACACUGCAGUGGAGAUUGUGGGUGGCGUGUAACAAUAUAUAGUAGACUGUACAGUACUUAGAUUUUAAAAAAAAAUUAAGCAGUAUAUAAAUGCUUUUGAAUGCAUACAUACAUAUAUACAUCCACUCCCGGUGCUGUAGAUCACAUCACCAAGUGUAGGCUAAGAGGCAGGCUAGCAGUAUUAUCACCUAUGGCCCAAAGAUCAGGAAAGUCCUUGAAUGUUGAAGGAACUUGUCUCCAAUACCACCAAGAUAGCAGGUGGGUAAUCAUAUCAUUUCUAAUGACGUCCUGAUGAUACAACAAUUGCCACUUUAGUAGCAAUGUUGUCCUAACAUGUAAGACAUACCCUCAUAAAAUAAUAUAUUUUAUCUGGAAGGUAAAGGAAAGCUUCCCUUUUUAACAUUUGCAAACAGUUUAUUUCAUUCUGAUCCAUAUUAGCAGCCAGGCACUGCCUUGUGUUUUAUUUAAAACAGGAACAUUUGCAUAGAACAUCCAUUUACAAAGAGUGUUGUUGUUUUUUAAUUAGAUUUUAAUGAUGAGGCUGUUAGUCAGCAAAGUCACAGAGGCUGUUAUGGCACUUUUUAAUACAUAGAAAUGAAUCCAGUGUCAUAUUUUUUAAAAAUAAUAAUAAUGCAGGAAUAUUUCUUUUUAAGCUCUACCAGAGGCACAUCAUAAGGAACAUCUCCUCAAGUAGCAACCUGAACUCAAAUCGAUAUAAUCUGAGUAGGGAACACAUAAACAGGACAGUAUUAUAUUUAAUAGCCUAAGUGAGUCCAUUAAACUGUUUUGGAGUAAAGGAAUAUUUAUCUCCGAUAGUAACAUGUCCCUUUGUGCCUGUCUAACAGACUCUUGUUUUACCUUCUGAAAAACACAACUGCUUAGUAGAUACUCUGGAAAAGAAAAGAAUUCUUUUUUCACCCUGUCUUUAUAUAACAUUUUAUUAUGAGUUCUAUCUCUAAAAACUGCCUGAACACACACAAUUGAAUUGUUUAUUAUUUAUAUCACAGUAAUGUCAAAGUUUCCAGCUGAGCAUAUGGCCCCAUUGUUCUACUUUUUGUAGAAAAUACAGCUCAGGAUAUUAGUGGCAUGCAGUCAAAGCAUGAAAAUUUCAAUGUCAGCAACCUUUUAUAUUCAGAUUAUUUUUCAUCCACUUCUGUAUCUAGAGCUCUUUGGUGUGACCUUGAGUUGACUUACUGUAGCUUGAAGUUUGGAGCCCUUUUUUGGCUGAAAAGUGAUAUACAAAUAAAUUGGAAAAAUAAUUUAUUUGAUUUGAUUUGAUUUGAUUUGAUUUGAUUUCAUCAAUUCUUGAUACUAGCACAUGAUGGAGCAUACAGUAUCAUUAAAACAACCAGAAAAAUCUGUUCAAACAAAUAACAAAUCAGAUAAAGCAUGUGAAAUUGGUAUAGAUAUAUAACAUUUAAAAUAAAAAAAUACAUAAUGAAACACCAAUUUACAGCUUAAACAUCAGGUGCCCUCCAUAAAAGCUGUCACCAAAAGGCAAGUCGGGCUGACUCUAGCCUUUCUGCAAUGAGGAGGGAAUUCUGCAACCAAGGGGCCACCAUGGAAAAGAACCUGUUUUAUGUUGCUGCACCAUGAUAUAUUUUAAUAGUAAAUGUUUAUCUGAAACAAUCUCUUUGUUUAACUUUAAGUUAUGUACCUCUCCUGAUUAGAAAGAUCAAUAGUUUAUGCCCAGUAAACUAUUUUGCAGACAAAUAAACACAGUUUCUUGUAACUAUUGUACUGCAAUAAAUGCUGUGUGUUCAUUCCCUUUUUUUUUUUUUUUUGGCAUCAGAGCUGUGCUCUAGAUAACUGCGCAACGUAUUUGUGCAUUGUUUCUAAAUAGUUUUUGCAAAAUUUUGUUACAUAAUUGUGGGUACAUUGUUGAAAACAUAAUUGGGAUAAUCAGUGCACUGCAGUGUUCAUUAACAGUUGAAAGCAGUUGCUGAAAGGUGACAUUAAAAUUAUUACUUUCUGCAUCUAGACUUCAGUGUCAGGUUAAUUGCAAAGUCAUUCCAGUUUCCAGGAUAGAAAUGUAACAGUGAAACAUAAGAGGAAUUUGAUGGAUGUUUUUAGGGACAUGAAAUGCAUUGCAGCCAGACUUCCUUGAAUGUAGAUCUCCUAGCCGAAUUCAGUGGAAAGAACAUAACAUAUAUGUAUAGUAGUAUCCCUUAAUACUCCACAGCUUUCCAUAACGAGACAGCUUGCCUUGAGCCAGGGAUCUCAGACACAGUGGUGUAGUGUGGAUUGCUGGCACCCGGGGCAGGGCAAGUGUUGCUCCCAUUGGUGGACUGGGCAGCUGUGAUAGGGGUGCACAUUGGGGUGGUGGUGCAUGGAGUCCGCGCAGAGUGGAGCCCGCCUCCAACAGGCUCCUCGCCCGCUGCCUCCACCCACCCACCCACUAGACCAACCUGUCUGCCACUGCGCUUCAGCUGCUAGAGCUCUGUGCCUGUCGUAGGAGCACUCAAUUUUGCCCCCUCAAAAAUGUGUGCCCAGGGCCUUGGCUUCCCCAUGCCACACCUCUGUUCACACAGCCACAGGUCACUGAGGCUUCAGAGUCUCAGUACCACUAAUGUGCCCUGUAUAGUCCUGCUAUUUGGCAAGACACGAGAUAAUUCUGUAAGUGCAAACAUGUAUCCUUUUGUUACAUGAAAUAUUUUGUGUCCUUUUGUCUGCCACCUAUACUUUGCCAGGGGUGAGGGACUUCCUUGCAUGCCUUAUUUUAAAUGGAGGAACCCAUGAUGUUUGUUUGUUUUUAUAAUUUCGCCUUCAGCAAUCUAGGAGGACCCUUUGGGACUUUCCUACUCAUUCCUUUAUAUCAGAAGAGCCUGCUUUCAACCGAUUCCGGAUACGCUCCCCUACCAAGAGAUUUGCAUGUUGUCUGCAGAAACUAUGGUUCUGGUUCUCCAAAGACUGAAUGAAAUCCUCACCAAAAUAGUUAACAUUGCGAAACAAUUGGAUACUAGUUCCUCCCCUUUAAAUGCCCAAGGGCUUAAAAGGAUGAUAAGAAAUGACUUUGUUAACAACUCACCAACUCAAACUAUGGAUGAAGUGAGGUCCUGUCAAGUCUUACAAACGAACCAGAUAAUGCUUGAGAUUCACCGAUACACUCAUAGAUGGAUGAACCGCAGACAAAUUACUAUGUCCUUGUCUCAGCUCCUGAAUUACCAUUACCGAAACGUAGAUCUAGAAAAUUUCCACUUCCUGCCUACCUUGAGAAACACCACGCGCCUAUUUAUGACCUUUAGGUCAUCAGCCCUCCCAUCUCUACUCAUGGAGAUAAAGGAUAAAGAUAAAGGAUACUCUAUGGUGGUUCCAUUCUCUCCGCCCAGUGAGGGUAUUUAAGGACGAAACAAGGAGGCAAUUGGUCCCUUGCAUAAAUAUUUUAAUGUUUCAAUAUUUUAAUGUUGUAUUUUUAAUGUUGUUUUUAAGUUGUAAUCAUUUAACUUGUUUUUAUUAUUGCUUGUAAGCCGCUCUGAGCCCGGCCUUGGCUGGGGAGGGCGGGGUAUAAAUAAAAAUUAUUAUUAUUAUUAUUAUUAUUACUAUACAAGGAACUGCACAAAGAGUAUCCUGUUCUCUCUCCCCCCCCCCACUACAUUUCCAACUCUAGUUUGUGAAAGACAAUAGCGUUAUGCCUCCGUACUUCCUACCAAAUGCUGGGAAUAAUUUAAUUGAGUAUGUGCUCAGGAAGACGAUGGCUAUUUAUGAUUACUUUUCCAGGGAAAUUUCUUUUUUCUUUUUUUGGCAAAACUUCAAUUAACGGCUGUGCUGCAAAUCACCCAUCUGAGGAAGUUUAGCUGCCCCGUUUUUACAUAGGUCUUUGUAGGUUCUAUCUAAAAAAGAAUCCCAUCGUUCGACUGUGUAUAAGAGGUACGACAUUGCCAUCAACUUUCUGUUUUGCUUUAUUUGUUUAUUUGGAUGGUUCAUUUAUGUCCCAUCUUUUCCAGAAGGAGCUCAAGGUGGUGUAGAUGGUUCUUCCCCCUCCUCAUUUAAUCCCUCAUUUAAUCCACAGCAAUGCUGUGAGGCUGGCUAGGCUGAGAGGCAGUGACUGGUCCAAAGUGGCCCAGUGAGGUUCAUGGUUGACCAGGGAUUUGAACCCUGGCCUCCCAGGUCCUACCCUGACACUCUAACCACUGUACCACACUAGCUCCCAUUCCAUUCCAUUCCAUUGUUUCUUUCUUUCAAGGCAGAGGGUGUCUUUAGGAAUAUGGCUGUGGGAAGAUAUUUAAAGACUGGUCUCUAAUCCACCCUCUUCUUUUUUGUGUGCUGGGCUUUCCAGUCUCCUGGUACCCACUCUUAGCCAGAUCUGUCACUUUCCAGACAUCUGGGAACACAGGAUUAUUCUUGUGCUGCCAGACUUAGAGCAGUUAAACCACCCUUCUUCUCCUUUCCCCCCUUCAGUAAUGUACAUGUUUCGAGGCAUCAAGCAUAACAGACAACUCAGAAAGGAAGAGGUACAAUUCCUUUUCUCUCAUCUAACUGCCUUGGUGGAAAGGUGGGAUACAUACAUAUAUACACACAUGCCUAUCUAUCUGAUGGUUCCUUGAGAAACUGGUCCUAAUAUUAAACUUAAAGUUAAGAUGCAGACACACAUUGAUGAAGGACCUUCUUCUCGAGAUGUUUCCACACCAUCCCCAAAGGCGAAACCCUCUCUUUUUCCGAAAGACAAUCUCCGGUGGCCAUUUAUCCCACAAAACAAGUCAGGUAUGAGGUUGAUGACUGAGCAUCAUGUAAAUUUUGGCCAGCUGGUUUUUGAAGUUGUGCUCUGGAGAGAGUGUGUUAAUUGCUGCAGGCAAAUGAGAUCAGGAAAGCACACCCAAUAGAGACUGCUACAGAAUUGCUGAUACAUAUUGAGCUUUUAAGCUGUUUAUCACUUGGGCGAAAAAAUGCACAGGAGAUGAAGGUAGAGUAGGUGUGAGACCUUGAGACAACUUCACUAUUUCCUGGAAUAUGAGGACAGUGCGAGCAGAUGAAAGAUGACUUAAGAGCUGUUUCUUUGUUAGUCCUACGCACAUGUAGAAUACAUAUGAAGGGAGGAGUGGGACCACACUCUUUGGCUUUGAAUUUGGCUCCAGCACAUUCAGUGGAAUGUCAGACAUGAGACCCUAGCCUGUGUGCAUAAGGUCUCCUUUCUGGCAUUCUUCUUGCAGACAUCAGCAGUAGGAAGACUGCACACGAAUGCACAAGUGGAAACAACAUCCUGUCCCUCCUCCUUAUAGAACUUAAAACAUGGCUGCCAUCUCUUUCACACUGAGCUCCAUAGAACAGCAUUUCACCCAGUCCAGGCACAAGAUUAGGCACAUGGUCAGUUCUCUCACUGAAAUAUUUCAAUUGAAUAUAUUGAUUAAAAAACCAGGUUUCAAGAGCAAAAACUAUCAAUGACAAACCACCCCCAUCUCCAAGCAGUGAGACAUUUCAGGGAUUUGGGUUUCCAUGGAAUGAAGGCCACUGGAGAGUGUGGUGUCUUUUCGAUAUGCGAUUUUUAUUUACACUGAUAUACAACCAGAGCAUAAAAGGGAAGAGCUUACAGCAUUAUCACUUUAACAUAUCUUGCUCAUUGGGUCUCUAGGAAGGCCCCUUCCCCUGAAAACUAUAGCAAGGUAAAGGUAAAGGGACCCCUGACCAUUAGGUCCAGUCGUGACCGACUCUGGGGUUGCGAUGCUCAUCUUGCUUUAUUGGCCGAGGGAGCUGGCGUACAGCUUCCUGGUAAUGUGGCCAGCAUGACUAAGCCGCUUCUGGUGAACCAGAGCAGUACACGGAAACACUGUUUACCUUCCCGCCAGAGCGGUACCUAUUUUCUACUUGCACUUUUGACGUGCUUUCGAACUGCUAGGUUGGCAGGAGCUGGGACUGAGCAACAGGAGCUCACCCUGUCGUGGGGAUUCGAACCGCCGAACUUUGUGAUCGGCAAGUCCUAGGCUCUGUGGUUUAACCCACAGCGCGGGCGUCCCUAAACUUUUGCCGUGUGUAUUCCCAACUCCUGUCAUUCUCCUGCUAGACAGAUAUGGCAUCCAGCCAGGUCAGUGCUGUGGGGAGGUCUAUCUGCUCCUUCUGAAGGUCUCUCUAGCUAGUUGUUUCUAUGGCAACACAUCUGCACCUGACUAACUGUUUAAAAGGCUAUCAGCAAAUAAAGUGGUUUGACUACUUGAGGAGUUCCUUCUACCAUAACCUAUGAUAUUGCAGAUGCAAAACUUAUUGUCAUGUUCUUAUGUAGAAGAAAACAACUUCUUUCCAUUGUACCUUUCUAUCUGCGUUAGAACAAAGAUACAUUAAUUAAAACAAGAAUUAAGGCUUUCCAAAGGGAAAGACAAAUUAGUGUAUACUGGUAAAUGUAUGAAUAGCUACCUUAAGCAUUAUGUCCUCACUUACCAAAAUAGAAAUGGAUAACCAAGUACUGCCUUCUGCUUUGAGUUUCGGGUUAAGAUACUUUCAUUCCUCUACCUUGAAUUUUCAGCGAGCCGUGAAAUAAUUUUUGUUCUGCUUGUACAGAGUUGUUGUGCUCAUGUGUAAGUUGAAGAUGGCAUAGCAUGUAAGGUAGAGAUUCACACCAACAAAGCUUAUGGACAUACAGAAGUUGCUGGACCAUAACUGCUACCACCUCAGGCCUUGCAAACUGGGGCUGAUUAGGAGCAGGAGCCCACAACAUCUAGAGGAAACCAACUUGGCAAUAGUUGGAGUACAGCAUCAAUUGUGGUGGCUAUGAGGGACAAGAAUGGGGGGUGGGGAGGACAGAGGCAGGACAUACGUUUUGAUGACAGCUGCAGAAAACUGAUAAUCCAGCUUCUUACGUUUUCCUUUCACCUUUGAAAAUUUCAUAUCGGGCUCCGAAAGUGUAGUGUUGGUUACUAAAUAAAUAUCCUUCAAUAUUUCCUCUCUGUCUCCUGUUGUGGAGUGUUUCUCCAUUGAUUUUGUUGAAGAUCAGGCUGUGAGUCUGAUUAAGUAGAACGGUAGUGCUUGACAUCCUGUAGUGAAUUUGGCACCUUACUAUUAGUUUUCUUUUUUAAAAAAAAAUGACCUCAAAGUUUGCUUUCUAAAUACUUGAGAGAAGUUCAGUGACAAAGCUCUCUUCUUCCAGGCAGUUGCUAAGAGGAACAUGUGACAUACCCCAGGUGACGGGCCACCCUGUAUUUAGCCGUUUAAGAGAGAAGUGAAGUGUGGAAGCCGAAAGCCAUUUUGGUGCUCCUUAGUGAACUGUAGGGUUCUGAGUGAUACCUUGGCGCCUGAUGGGGAAAAAACACCAGUUCCUCCUGGCCUUGCAAGCAUGCUUGACUUCCUGACUGAGAUAGUAACCAGGUAACCAAGGCCUUAGCUCAGAAUGUGGGGUGGGCGGGGGACAGAGAGAAAAGGUUUUAAGGUCUGAGACUAGAGGAGGAAACAUACAUGUGUACUCUGCCUGCCUGCAAUCUAGUUGUCAGAUUUUAUCAGAAAACAGAAAUUAAUUAUAUUUUCAGGGAGGAUGAGCCAAAUUGAGAGAAAAAAUGGUACAGGGCUUAGUACGCUGAAAAGCAUAAUGGAAAAACUGAUAACAAUACCAUAUACAGUGCAAUCCAGAUUCAGCUAGGGGCCGUAAAUGUACACACCUGUAAGGUAAAAGGACCCCUGGACGGUUAAGUCCAGUCAAAGGUGACUAUGGGAUGCGGUGCUCAUCUCGCUUCAGGCCGAGGGAGCUGGCGUUUGUCCACAGACAGCUUUCUGGGUCAUGUGGCCAGCAGGACUAAACUGCUUCUUGCGGAACAGGACAAUGGGGCAACGGGACACUGUGACAGAAACCAGAACGCAUGGAAAUGCCAUUUACCUUCCCACCAGAGUGGUACCUAUUUAUCUACUUGCACUGGCGUACUUUUGAACUGCUAGUUUGGCAGGAGGUAGGACAGAGCAAUGGGAGCUCACCCUGUCACACAGAUUUGAACCACUGAUCUUCCGAUUGACCAGCCCAAGAGGCUCAGUGGUUUACACACCUGUAUCCCAAGCUGGAUAGGAGAUCAAGCUCUGCUUGCACAAUUGCCCACCUUUAUCCUCAGCUGGAACAGAAUUUUUGUGACCGUGUAAAAGUUGGACUCACCCAAAGAAUUUUUCAUCACUUUGUGGAUACAUUUUUUAAUGUGUAGUAUAUAAGCCUUUAAAAUAAAUAAAUGUAGAAAUAAAUUGCCAGAAAUAAAUUGCUGUUGAUACUGGACUAUACACAUACUAUCCUGGCAGCUUUGUGACGGAUUCCCAAGUUUAAGUUCUAUGCUUUCAUGAUAAUUGAUACUUCCUUUGUUUGCUUAAAGGGUUAUCUUUUAUAUUAAUGCACUGUGGUUCUUCUGGCUGGCAAUUGUGCCCAGGCACCAGUGGGAUACACAACGGUAAAAUCAAUAGCUUUUAUAUCUGAUUAAUCUAACCUGUUUAAAACCUAAGCAUCUGUAAAUGGAUAUUUGAUACGAUAGGGCUUUGAAAAGGAUGUUUUGCAUUACAUUGAUUGAAGGGGAAAGAGGUCAGAGUUUAGCGGCAUGAUAAAUUAAUAUUAAAUAUGUGAUUUUAUCAGGAAUACAAACCACAGUUGAUUCAUAGCAGUGUGCCUGAAGAAGAGAAUCCUGGGUAGAAUUUAAGCCCCAGAGUUCUAUCAUUGCUUUGCAAUUAUAUUGAAGCAGUGAGCAUUUCUCAGGUCUCAUGUUGUCUAUAAUUCAGAACCCUAAAUGUUUACAGGCCUCCCAUUGCUGACAGAGAUUAUGACUACCCUUUCCUGCAAUGAAAAGUCUGACUUGCAGAUGCAGGACUAAAUUGGUGGGUUGCAAUUUCUGUCAUUGGUGUGCCCAGUGGUUUUUUUCCAUACAGCCAUACCUCAUGUUACGUUUGCUUCCUGUUACGUUUUUUCAGGUUGCGUCCCGUGGUGACCCGGAAGUACCGGAAUGGGUUAAUUCUGGGUUUUGCCGCUCGCGCAUGCGCAGAUGUGCAAAAUUAUGUCACGCACAUGUGCAGAAGCGGUGAAUCGUAACCUGUGCGUGCACAGACGUGCCGCUGCGGGUUGCGUUCCUUUCAUGAGGUACCACUAUAUAGAUAAAUGUUUAGGGGUACUCUCAUUUUUCUACUCAUAUUGAAAUACCGCCCCUCAAUGAGGCCAAACUUAGAUUCACAAAAUGUUUAGUGGUAUGUGUACCCCUGCGUCCCCCCAGAAAAAAGCACUGGGUGUGCCUGUAUUCUAUGUUUGCUUUAACUAAUAAAGCUGGUGGAAAAUAGAAUGGGGACCAACCUCAGGAAAAAAAGACUUGAUUUAGUGCUUUUGUGCCUGUUCCCUUCAGGAGGCAGGUGGGAAAUUGCACACUAGAGUGUUUCUUUCGUGUCAAAACCUUCCUGGCUGAAUCGUUGGCACAUUUGGAAGAAGAGCAUUAGCUUAACUUUUCCUCUGAAAUGCGAGUUUUCUAAACAGCAGUUCAUUCAUUGGUAACCUCAAGCCUUGAUUACUUUAACAGGUUUUAUGCGGAGCGGCCCUUGUAUCCGAUCCAGAAGCUGCAACUGGUACGAAAUGCAGCAACCAGGUUGCUCACAGGAGCAGAUUGCCAGCACCAUGUUAUUCCACUGCUGAGAGAGCAGCAGUGGACCAGGAUCAAGGCACAUGGGUGAAUUCACAAAAGCCCUAAACAACUCAGGCCGAAAAUACUUUAAGGAACAAGGAACACUUGAUCCCUUAUGUUCCACCUUGAUCACCGGGAUCCUCUGAUGGGGCCCUUCUGGUGGUUCCCCAUACCCCUGAGGUUUGGUUGGCCUCUGUUAGGGAGCAUACCAUUAGGGUUGCUGGCCCUGCCCUACGAAACUCCCAAACCCUCCAACUUUUGUCUUCUGAUGAAAAUAAAGCAGUCCUAUUCAAUAAUAAUAAUAAUAAUAAUAAUAAUAAUAAUAAUACCCCACCCAUCUGACUGACCCACUCUGGGCAGCUUUCAACAUAUAUAAAAACAUAAUACAUCAUUAAACAUUAAAAAAGAAACACUUUCCUAUACAGGGCUGCUUUCAGAUGUUUUCUAAAGGUUGUACAGUGGACGCUCGGGUUGCGAACGUGAUCCGUGCGGGAUGCACAUUUGCAACCCGCAGCGGCACGUCUGCACAUGCGUGAGUUGCAAUUCGGCACUUCUGCGCAUGCACAAAGCAUAAUUUAGCACAUCUGCGCAUGCGCGACAGUUACUUAUCUCCUUAACUUAGGGUUCACAUAAUUCCAUGCCCUCCAAAAUUUAUCCGAUCAAAAUAGGGAUGUUCUAAGGAAAAGCGGGACAUACCAGGAUCAAAUCAGGAACUGGAACAGCUUCUGUAAAUCUGGGACUAUUCCUGAAAAAUAGGGACACUUGGAGGGUCUGAACUCCCUACUUGUAGAGGUUCUUUGGGAAUUGUCCCUGCCUUCUUUUGAAAACUAUUGUGUAGACAGGUAUUUGGAAUAUGAUUUCUUUUUCUUUUUAAUUGACCAUUAUUUACUGAUGUUUUAUCGAUGCUUGUAUUUAUGUUUUUACUCUUGCUUUUACUGGUUUUAUUACCUGUAUGUUGCGUACUGCCUUCUUGUACUGGUAAUGAAAGUGCAGAUUAUCAAUACUUCAAUGAACAAGUCAAUUCAGGGAACUUUUCAUGAGGGGAAGUAUUCAGAAAUGUGAUUCCCGUAUAUGCAUAUCCCCCUCAAAUAAUGCAACCCCAAGAAAGUUCUUUUGCACUUAAUAUAUGUGUAGGUUAUACCAUUUUUAGAGCAACACUGGUAGUUGUGUGUGGGACCUAUUAUUAUUAUUUUUUAAUUUGGAUAAGUUUCUUUAUUAUUUUUAAGGCCCUUAACAUCUUGGGUCCAGGACACCACUCCAAACAACAGUUUGGCUAUAAGCCUAGGACUUCCAUCAACGUCUAAUGAUUUUCAGCCUUCAUCACUUAGUCUUACAUUUCAUUAUUUUCACUAUUACUUUUAAUAGUCCAUAACUUAAAAUCCAUUCUCCUAAUUUCCCCCUUGCAAAAUUUCAUCUAGUUCUCCUUACAAAACUUCUUGUAAUCCUGCAAGCGUAGUCAAUUGAUUACAAUUGUUUCUCAAAUAGUUCACAUAUUUGCUCCAAUCUUUCAAGAAUUUCUGGUCCGCCGGUUUCUAAUUCUCCCUGUCAUCUUAUCCAGUUCUGCAUAGUCCUUUAAUUUCAUCUGCCACUCCUCUUUCAUCGGUAGUUCUUCCUGCUUCCAUUUCUGUGCCAAUAAUACUCUUGCUGCCGUUGUCGCAUAUAAAAACAGUUUGUUAUCUUGUCUAUUAAUAUCCUUGCCUACAAGUAGAAAUGCUUCUGGAUUAUUAUUUUUUAUAAAUGUCGAUUUCAACAUCUUUUUCAUCUCAUUAUAUAUCAUUUCCCAGAAGCUUUUCACCUUCUUACAUUCCCACCACAAAUGAUAGAAAGUACCUUCUUUUUCCUUACGUUUCCAACAUUUAUUACUUGUUUUGUACAUUUUAGCUAAUUUCACUGGUGUAAUACACCAUCUGUACAUCAUUUUCAUCACAUUUUCUUUCAAAGCAAAGCAUUGCAUGCUGUAAAUUUUAUUCCUUGUUUUCACAAUUUCUCCCAGUCUUUUAACUGUAUAUUAUAACCAAAAUCUUUGGCCCAAUGUAUCAUGACCGACUUUACUUCUUCUUUACUUCUUUACUUCUUUACUUCUUCAUCAAAGUACCAACUUUUCAAAUGCCAUUUGUAUUUGUCCGGCGCCACAUAUGUCGGGGCUAUCAUUUCCUCUUUUGUGUUAUCGUUCCAGUGCACAAUGUGAACUUCCCUGUAAUGUGUUUGUGCAUGCCUGUGUGUGUGUAAAACAUUCCUUGAUGGAGAGCUGAAUGAGACAAGCUUUGUGUUUCUUAGGGACAUUGGAUACCCACAUUGUACUCGUGAGUGCCUCAUGUUUUCAGAGCAAAUAAUCGGUUGAAAUAGGCUUGAGAGAUAUUUGUGUAAUACUUGCCUUUCAUUUAGCGUUUAUGCUUCCAAGAAGAUUGGCCUCAUGCUUGUUAGUUCCACAACUCUUAACUCAUCUGAAUUACAGCACUGACACCCUGAAAUCGAGACAGAGCACUAGUCUUUUAACAUCUGGCAAUUGUGAUUUAGAUUGGUAGUUCAAACAAGCCUGGAGGUCCCUGAUGUGUGUUUAUCUACUUCAAAAUCACAAGUCUGUGCCGUUUACAGGCUCUGACCUCAGAUCUGCAACCUAGCAGUAUGGAUUGAUUGAGGUGUUGCAAAGGUGUGUGGUUCUGUUCUGUUAUACUUUGCAAUAAUGUGUUCAGUCAGCAAGGUACAUAUAUAUUUAAAAAUCUUAAACUCCCACCGUACAUAUGGCGUGGUGCCACUUUGCAGCUUUUCCUUUCCUCAAAAGGCAAAUUUGUCCACAGCAGUUCCAGCAUUCACUUAAUCCUUUGGGUCAUUGUACCCAGCAAUUGUACCCAAUUGUUGUAUUCUUAGCAACAGAGGGUGUCCAUGUUAGCAAAUCACUCCUCCGUUGCUAACAUUGUGGCUGGUGUGUCACAUGGCUGUGUUCCCUGAGCUGGGAAAGUUCUGAGGACAGAAGUUACGUCUUAUCUCUUUUGUCAUGUUGUGCUGUUGCACUCUUUCUUUCUUUCUCUCGCUCUCUCUGUUGCUGAAGAAGAGAACAGAUGCCAUUAUGAUUUGUCCUGUAAAUAUCGUAGAGUAAAUCCUUAGGAUGCUCAGAUUCACACUUCCAGUCAUUACUGCUAUCUCUGCUGAUUAAUAGCGUGCACAGGAUCAGCCGACCUGUGUCGCUGGGCGCACCGGGAUGAAGAUUGAUGGCGAUCCCGGGGGAGCGCAACACUGGAGGAUGCCCGGAGAGGUUUGUCUCAUACCAGGGGCUGCGGGUGCCCCCAGCUCCUCCAGACAGUCCAUGGAGGGCAAGUGGGGGUAAUCGCUAUGGAAUUUCCUCCCACAAGAGACAGUGAUGGUCACCUACUUAAGAUGGCGCAGGAGGGUUUUGAUACCCAUCCACCCCGCGUUCCCAGAGCCCGCACCAUUCCACAAUUGCCGCUGCCACCAAGAAUGGCAAGCAGUCCCCCCCCCCUUAUUUUGAAAAACCAGGCUGUGGAUAGAGCAAUUAUCAUCUAUUUCAUAAGAAAUCUGCCAGUGUAUGUUGCAAAAAGGAUGUUUCUGUAUUCAAGUAUGCGAUGACGAUUUAUUUAUCUAUAUAAAAUUGCCUGGAAAUAUGAUGAAAGGUUAAUUUAUGACAUCGACCUUUGCAGAAACAGGUUUCUGAAUAGUUGAUCAACCCACCUCCUUUCCUAAUGCAUUGAUAGAAUGGCACCACUUUAUUUAAGCUUUACUUAAGUAAUUUAAAUUUCAUUUGAACACUCCUGCCAGCUGUACUACAAGAAUCUAGAGAGCAUACAGUAUAUGCUGUUUGGCAUUGGUACACAUUGGCAAAUCAUAUGACAGGAGGCUGAUUGAACUAUCUCUUGCCUGCAGAUGUUCUUAAAGGAGCCGAUAUGCUUUAAAGAAAUAUGAAACUCCCCCCCCCCCAAAAAAAAUAUUCUUAGAAGGCAACUUUGUUCUGCAAUACUUCAAAGGGCCUCCUUAAAACCCACUGUGAUGUUCCCACAAACUAAUGGAAAUUCUUUAUGAAAGUAAAGUUUUACCUUCUUUGUUUUGUUUUGUUACACAAGCAUCAGUUCUUGGCAAGAGCAGAGUAUAUUUUGGUAUAGAGAGCGAGUCCAUUGUGCAUAAAGAAAUGCAUACAGUGUACUGGUAAGAACUGUGCUCUCAUUUUUAUUAUUUUUGUACGGAAAACUGCAAAGCAAAGAUAAGUGGGUUUGGCACUCAUGCCACCCAGAAGUCGCAAUACAUUUAGCCUAACAACAAUGGUACUGAGUUGCUAUGCAUGAAGUUAUAGUAAAUUGAUGGGUAGCUUAAUUUUUGUGUGUGCACACACAUACAGUUGUGUGUGUGUGUGUGUGUGUGUGUGUUAUAUUCUCCAAUAUAAUAUUGGCAUGAACCAGUUUCUAGCCUACUCUCAAAAUUUAUUCCUGUGCCUACUGUCAUCAAAGUCUCUUCCCUAACUUAACAAUAAUCCUAGUAUUCUCAGAGAGACCGUCACAAUACAUUUAUCAAAGCAGGAGAACUUCAGAAAAGCAGUGACUACUGAAGGCUUGGGCGGGUGUGCAGAUAAUGAGGAGUGACAAAAUUCCAGGCACAGAGAGCAUUCUGGUAUGGCUUGAGGCACUGAGCCAUACUUGAAGCUCCAAAGGCAUUUCUGAAAAGCUGUGUUCUGCAAACAUAACUGCUCUGAGGGAGCAACAAGAACUCAGAGUGGCCUUGGACAUUAAUGAUAUUAUCUAUUAAAGGCAUGUUAUAAGCACUUGCCUCCCUUUAAAUGUUAAUAUUUGAAAAUACACAAAGUGUGGCUUGGUCAUUAAUGUCUGAAGCCACUGAAACCAGAUGAGUUUCAUAGCGUUUUCAGGGGAAUUCACUUGUUGAAGCACUUGCAAAGAUAGGCAGAACAGCUUCAAAGGAAUCCAUCGUUCUCAAGGCAUUCAAAGGCCUAUUUGAGUACUAGCACUUCACACAGUUACCGUUAUGUGAAGGAGAGAGCAGGGCUUCGCUUGCUGCCCCCUCCCUUGUCAUAAAAGUCCUCACCAAUAUGCCCACCACAUUCCACAUGUUGCGGGGGGGGGAUCUAUAUUUUUGGGCUUUCAGACCAUGUGAGGAACCUACAUACAGAGAACAUGUUCCCCUAUUCAGGCCUAGCCCAACCCAAGUGGGUCGGGAGAGUGAUGUGGUUAUGGCUUGGAAAAGGCAGUCUUACUCUCUGCAACAUGUAAUAGUGUUUGCACAUUGCUUUACAUGUGAACAUGAGACUUCACACAAGUCCAAGUGAAUUUUGCAAAUGACUGUACCCAUGUUGUUGUUUUAAAUCAACACUGCUGCUUGAGCCCUCAAACUGAGGGCACUUCUGUACUCACAUUGUAUGUGCUUGGAUUUGAUCAUCUGCAAUGUUGGUGUGUGAAGCAAUAAUGUCUGAAAUUGAAAGUAUGACUAUUCUUAAAAUGCUUUAUUAGUUCUAGUAAGAAGAAUGUGCAGUGCACGUGAUGAAGUUUGUGGGUAAUGAAAUAUUAUGGGUAAUCACAUUCAAAGCAGUGCCAUUGUAACCACACAUCGAUCCAUCUCCCUUAAGAUGGAAACAAAUAUGUAUAUGUGUAAUAAUAUUCUCUACAGUUGGCUCCCCCUUUUGGGGUAACUUGGCUACCAUACUUGCCCAAAGCAAACCUGUUUCCCUUCCAGUCAUCUCAACUAAAACCAAAAAAUGUAGGAAACAAAAAAGUGUCGGGGAAAUCUGCAAAAUAUUUAUUGAAAUUGGGCUGAGGGCCACAUGCCCUCAGUAUUGUGUAUUUGUUAAGAGUGUCAGACCAGGGUUAAAAUCCUUACCCAGCCCUGAAGGUCACUGAGUGACCUUGGGGCAGUCAUGAUAUCUCAGGCUGACCUCAGAGAGGUAGAACCAUGUAUGCUACCUGGAGUUCCCUGCAGGAAAGGUGGGAUAUAAAUGUAAUAAUGAGGAUGCUGUUGUUGCUGAGACUGCCCUAUAAAAAUGCUUGAUAAUGUGCUUCUUUCUGAAAUAUAUGAUGAAAAAUAAUUCUGUUUCAGCAUUGUAAUUAAUGCAUUCUGUAGGGAAAGGGGAGGGAAACAAAUUAUGUUGCUAAGGCACCAUAGUUACAGAUGAAUAGCCAAUGUAAGGAGUUCCACUUUUGUUGGGGGGGAGGGGAGUGUUUCCACACUCUUAUUAUUUACAAUGCUAUUCCUGAGUCCUUAAUCCUAAUUGCCAUAUUCUCCAAAGAAAAAUGUUUUUGUGUAUGUGGAGAAAUAAUUUAAGUGCUGCUCCCUGCUAAUUUUUUUCAGCUUGUGUCAUUUAAUUUCAUAGGUCUUUACAAUGCUUGAAAUAUUUAUUUUUAAUAAGAAUAGGCAAGUUUCAGGUAAAUACGGAAAGCAAAGGUGUUGGGGGAAUUAGUAACAACCAGGUUUUUGGUUUUUUUAAUUGGGAAAAAAAUACUACUUUUUUAAGGCUGCCAAAUUCUAUGCCCGCAUCUUGACAGAAGGUUAUCUUUUUAAAGAGGGCACAUACAUUUGCAAUGACGGAUGUUGCAAAGGCACUGAUAACUCCCCAAAGCAAAUGAAAGCAAGGAAAUUUCCAUGGAGAGAGUAGCUCUCUGCCAAAUGAAAGGCAUUAGGUUUCCCCAAUGGUCUCAUCUUUCUCUACCUCUCAGCUUCCAAAUAGUAUCUCUCCUGCCCAUUCUGUCAAAGGGGUUCAGGGGCAAAGGGUGGACAUAUGUUUCCUCUGUGAGUCUGUCUCUCCACCAUCUUCUUCUGAGAUGUGCAUACAUGGACCAGUAUUUUGAGUGAUGAGACUGAGAUACAGUGUAAUUACAUUGUUGAAGUCAUCCAUUUAUUUUUAGGGAAUUAUAUCCAUUGCUGUCCAUCCAUUUGUGGACAGCUCAUUGAUCCAGUUGAGGAUUCCCAAAAAUGGAAGGGGGAUGGAUACAAUUUUUGCUGAUUCCCUUACACCCCCAUAAAAACUCUGGUCUAGAGAGUUGGGGUGCCCUCUAGAAUGUCAUGAGAGGUGGCAUAGAGGACUGCAGGAGAAAGGUGAAAUGUGGAAAGUCCUUAUGAGGAUGACAGGACAGUGUUGGCUACAACCCAGUGUUGUUGUUUUUAAAAUGACUGAAUAAAUGAAACCAUCCUUGUACCAGGGAUUUAUUUAAGGAACAGUCCACUGCAAAGCAGCUAAAAUAAUGAGAGAUGUGCAGAAAUGCAGUUGUGCUCUUAUGCAUAUCCCAUUUAUUUCACAUUUCAACCUCUUUCUUUCUUGAAAAAUAAGAACACUUUAUUUUUGUCCUGGGGAUGCAAGUCAGAGUGAUUUAUCGUGCCCUUAAGGUCUGUCGGAUGUUGCUCAUUCAGUCAGAUGCUUCAGUAGUGCUGCUGACACAACUAAGGAGAGGGAAAUACCUACGAGAGUGGGGGAAAACAUUUGUCUGCCUCCCCCCCCAUAUAGAUAAGAAAAGUGGUCAUAUGGAUUUAAAAUUUUACCUAUUAAAAUGUAUUUAAUUUUGGCCUGCUACCAUGCUGAAACAAACAUUUACGUAGACAUAUGUGCAUCUUUCUCACACACAUGUGGAACCCACCAGUUAAUAACUUUGUCAUGAUGAUCGCAAACAUAUUUAUUGUCUCUCGGUUUGUUUUGUUGCCAUUUUAUGUGUCCAGAUAUUUAGUUCCUUUCAGUGUUCACAAUGUAAGAUAUAUAUAUAUAUAUAUAUAUAUAUAUAUAUAUAUAUAUAUAUAUUAAAAAUAGUACAUUGUAACAUAAAGGUUGUAAUCCAACAGCCAAGUAACACAAAUGCCUCUGGUACUUCCCUGUCGUCAGCUAUGAAACAACUUGUAGCAGUGUCUCCAUAGCUAUUGAUGCUUUUAGUCUCACACAUCCUGAAGUGUACUGAGUAUACAUAAAUGCUUUGUCUUGCCAUAUGACAGUUACUUGACAUGACACAUGAAUUACACUCUUUGUCAUGCAGUUUUCAUACCGUGUUUGGGGGAACCCUGAGGUUCCUUGGAAUAAGCAUUGGCUGAGUUCUUGAGAACAUUUUUGUUCUUUGCAAGCUGGGGAAGAAGCUCUUGUCUGUGCAUUCCACGAGCUCACUGUAUAUCUUAGAAUAUGCUCAUGCAACCUGACAAUCUAGAUUUCCAUGGGCCAUUAAGCAGACAAGUCUAUGUAGAACUGGAUCCCUGAACAUACUGUUGCAAUGUUCUUUUUACAAGCAAAUUCUCACACUCUCAAGUAUUGCGUGCGGAAUUACCAAUAAAGAAAGUACAGCUGUACUAAUAUGAAUCAAAUCACUUGAGAGAAGGGACUUUAUAAAAGUGUAGUUUGCUUUAAAACAUUGGACCAUAUUUACAGGGUAACAAGAUAUGAAAUGAGAGCAUAGAACAUAUAUUUUAAAAAAUGCAUUAGUGGUAGGUGUAAUAGUGGAAACACAUUUCAACAGCUUUUUAAGCAUUCUUAAAGAGUAAGGUAAAGGUAAAGGUACCCCUGACCAUUAGGUCCAGUCGUGGAUGACUCUGGGGUUGCGGCGCUCAUCUCGCUCUGAAGGCCGAGGGAGCCAAUGUUUGUCCGCAGACAGUUUUUCCGGGUCAUGUGGCCAGCAUGACUAAGCCGCUUCUGGUGAACCAGAGCAGUGCACGGAAACGCCGUUGACCUUUCCGCCGGAGCGGUAACUAUUUAUCUACUUGCACUUUAACAUGCUUUCGAACUGCUAGGUGGGCAGGAGCAGGGACCGAGCAACAGGAGCUCACCCCACCGCAGGGAUUUGAACCGCCAACCUUCUGAUCGGCAAGCCCUAGGCUCUGUGGUUUAGACCACAGCACCACCCGCGUCCCAUUCUUAAAGAGUAAGCCUUUCUUUAAAAAGUCUUUCCCAGAUUACCUCUGCGAUUGCCCCAAAGGAAGGGAAGAAGCCAAGGUGAUAUGAGGGGGCAGGUGUCAAAACCAUCCUGACAUAUAUUGUCUUAACUGGCUCGAAUAUGAGCUUUGCUAGUUUUAUGUCUGGCCUAAAAGGGUCUCCUGUAAGCAUUCUUUAACACUAGAUUAUUUAAGUUACAGGAUAUGACCUAUAGUCCUAUAACCUAAUAUUUCCUGAUUAUAUUAUUAAGCAAUGUGAACCUUCCUGAUGAUCCACAACAAUCCACCUGCCAGGAAUGUAACACUGGAGCUCUACUCCACCUGGUAAGCUUCUGCUUACAUUUCAGCCUUUUAGAAACAAAGAGCUUCCAGAAACAGAACACUUAACCAGCAAUAUCAACAUUACCAGCUUAACCAAGCUUCUUCUGCCUGAAGCCUUUCUUGACUCUUUCUGGAAAUAAGACUAGAGGAGACAAAAUUCAGAUGAAUAGAAGUCUAAUCAUAUUUUAAACUGUUGGGCUGAGAGUUCAGCAGUAAAAAGUACAGUAGGUUUCUAGGUCAGAGGUUGCAGCGUGAGUCAACCAGAGUGAAUGAGUCUGCUCGAAUCAAAAUUAUUUCAACUCCUAUUCUCACUUUCCCCUCUUAAUAUCUCUGCAAGAUCAUUAACAACACUCCAGUUGUUAUUAUUAUUAUUAAUAAUAAUAAUAAUAAUAAUAAUUUAUUAUUUAUACCCUGCCCAUCUGGCUGAGUUUCCCCAGCCACUCAGGGCAGCUCCCAAUUAAGUGUUAAAAACAAUACAGCAUUGUUUUGUUUGUUGAAGCAAAGAUUACCAGGCAAGCUCCUAAGCCAGCAAGAGUUUACAAAAGUAGUUUUAAACUAAGUGAAACAAUAUGCUGGAGAAGAAAUUUCUGGCAUAGGAAUAAGUCUAUUUUUGUCUCCUGUCCAUUACGCUAGAAAGUGUGAAAAUGAUUGGUGUAGAUCAUUGCUGAACUGUUUCCCAACUCAUCUCUUAAUUGCUAUUAGAUUGCUGUCUAAAAGGCAUAACUGAUGACUCUUAGUGCUUGGCAGAGAAAUAGAGGCACAUCUAACCAUUGUGAAAUGACAUGUUCAUGCAUACUAGAAGGCAACCUUAAGGUACAUGUAUCUAAAAAUAAUUUCAGAAGGAACCAUGAAAAUUGAAAUCUUGUUCUAACAGUGAAUUAAGUGGAGUUAGUAUUGUGCUAUGUCACUAGAAUAAAAAGGAACAUUCACGUGUUAGUGGAGAACUUAGAAUUGUCCAUACAUAUGAUUGUCUUACAACACAGCUCAUUUAUCUUGCUAUUUAUUUAUUUUGAAUUAUUGCUAACAUGCUCUUCCUCACAAAGAACCCAGUAAACAAAACUAAAAUCCAGUGUAUCGCAGCACAGCAAUAUAAAUAAAUACAGAGAAGAAAGUAUCUAGCUGACUUUAUGUGACUUGCUUACAUUACACAACCACAAGGAGGAAUAAGGGUGAAAUUCAAAUCAGUGUGCAUUUAUAGACAAAUCUGCCUAAUUUACAUUUUCUGAAGCACAGCCUUCUUUUGAAAUGUGCUCUUCUCUGAAUAUUGCAAUGCGGUAUUCUUCAGCUAUGUAAUGUGUACAAAAAUGCAUAUAUUAAAGAGUGCAUAUUAGUGAAAAUGACCUAUAUAAAAUUUGUGGUUUGUUUUUUUUAAAAAAAUGAAAUAACAUAUAAAAUGCAUUAUAUAAAUGUUUUGCACAUUUGUGCAUAUUAGACAAAACUGCAUACAAAAAUGAGUAUAUUAGGAGAAAUCUGCAUUAAAUGCUGCCACGUUUUCAUUAGGACAUGGGGGGGGGGUGGUUCCCUCCAAAAAAGAUUGCAAACUGAAGUGGAAAUGUGGAAAUCUGAAUUUAAGGGUGGGAAACUGAGAAACUGAAAUUGAUUGGCCCAUACCUAACCGCCAGUGUUCAGUUAAGAUUCAGCUGCCAGUCCAGUUGCCUUAGUCAUGUGGAACAGAGAGAAAUGCCAUACUGACUUGCAGCAAAAUACCUUGGCCCAGCUCUGCUUAGGCCACAGUUCUGAUAAGCACACUUAUUCAAAAAUAAGCCCAUUGAUUCCAAAGGGGUUUACUUUCUAGUAAGGACUGACUUCCUCCUAAGCAGACAUAGGAUUGUGCUACAUGUUCUAAUUGGCUGUAAAGCUGCAGUAGCUGAAGCUUCUUGUUCUGUAGGAGAACAGGGGACAUAAAAUUAAAGGCCAUACUAAUGGCCUUUUCAUUCAAUAUCUGCUUUACAAACAGGAAUCUUGUUGUUCCUGCAAUAUUUAGCAGAAACACUUAGCAUUGACUGAGGUCAAAGUGGGAAGGAGGAGGAGGAGGUAGUAUUGAUUCACUGAGUGGAACUUGUCAUUAAAGGAAGAUUGAAUGUUUGACUCUUAUCUCCCUUUAUUACAGUGUGUUUUUACCUUGCAUAAAACAGCUGUUUGUCUUAUUUUAUGUUACCUACUUGAGAAUGCUCUUUAGCUAAUGCUCAUAUGUUGACAUUAUUCUGACACAUUCAUGUGGUGCAGUUUGGCACACACUGGCUGCUGAAACCGUCACUUGGGUGACACAUUAUCUGGACCUGAACCAAAGACCAUGAUAGUGAGCUGCAUAUAUGGAGUGUGUGGUGGUGGACAGUAAGUCCAGAUACGAUACAGUGGUACCUCAGGUUAAGAACUUAAUUCGUUCCGGAGGUCCGUUCUUAACCUGAAACCGUUCUUAACCUGAGAUACCACUUUAGCUAAUGGGGCCUCCUGUUGCCGCCAUGCCGCCGCCACGCGAUUUCUGUUCUCAUACUGAAGCAAAGUUCUUCACCUGAGGUACUAUUUCUGGGUUAGCGGAGUCUGUAACCUGAAGUGUCUGUAACCUGAAGCGCCUGUAACCCGCGGUACCACUGUACUGAGAAGCUGGUUAAAAAAAAAACAGGGAGCAAAUUCCAGGCACACAGAGCUCUUCCACAUGUCUAAACACAAUCAAAUUUCAGAUGUAUAGACAGUUUCAUUGUGUGGAUAGUUAUUUGUAUAUCUAGCUAAACUGCUUCUGCUACUCACAAAUUGCUACUUUCAACAAAAAUCACUUUGGGGUCAUUUUGAAAACACAAGUAUGGGUAUGUUGAUUAUUCUCCUUCCUUUUUAUCCGUGUUUAUCAAACUUGGGUUUCCAGCUGUUUCUGUACUACACUUCCCAUCAUCCCUGACCACUGGUCUUGCUAGCUAGGGAUGAUGGGAGUUGUAGUCCAAAACAGCUGGAGACCCAAGUUUAGGAAACACUGCUUUAUAUUGUACCAUGACUGUGCAUUGUUGUUUUACAAGAAUGGAACCUGCAGUCAGGGCCUAACAAUCUAGAAACCAGGGGAACCUCAGGCCCAUGGCCAGAUCCAAACCUUCAGGCAUCUCUGUCUGGCCACACUCCCUCCCUGAACACACUGUCUUUCUCCUGGCCGCACCUUUCACUUUGCUUCAUGUCCUCCUUGAGCAUCAUUGGCUGGCUGGAAUGUUUCCUUGAACUCUGACAAUUAUCCUUGCUUGCUUAGAUAGAGGGUGGGGAGGGGUCUGUGAUUGUGUGCAGAAACCCGUCUACUGUACAAAGGUCAAAGUUAUAUUCAUGGCUCUGCACACUGUUGCCUCUGACACCACUGACAAGUGCCCAGAAAGUUGCCCAGGGGGGGAAUGUGGCUCAUGUGCUGAAAAAGGUUUCCCGCCCCUGCUAUAAUUUAACAAAGAGAAAACAAAAGAAGCAGGAAUAAACAAGAAAGGGAGGCAUGGAUAAACAGCAGAAAGCAGAUGUGUUUAUUUCAACUGCAUGUGCUUAGGUUUAGUUAUAGUAGGGCAUGGGAACUGGGGAGGGAGGGGCUGUGCCAACGGAUUCACAACAAAAGUGGGAUUUGGGGAGGGAUUUGAGGAAAGGAUGAAUCAGCUUUUAAGGAAUGCACUGGUUUAUAAAACCUUCUGCAAUAUUUGAAAUAUACUUAGGCUGGGAUCCAAAAGCUGCUUUAGGCAUUGAUUUUUUUUCCUAUUGAAGAGAUCUGCAUGGCACGUCACAAAUAACUUUUGAAAGUCACCUUUGGUUCAAAAAUGGUUCGCCAUGUGACAGAAGUGCUGCUGUUAAGAGAAAUGCAAGCCCAUAGUGCCAUUGAUCACACAGGACUAGUAUCACGGUUAUUUGGACCCCAUAUUGAUUGAUUGAUUGAUUGAUUGUUCAACAUUUCUCAUCAAACAUAAUCCUCUGAAGAGGACCAGGUUGACAUGGGUUGGGGAUUGCUAGAAAGUCCAUGGUAGACCUUCUACGUUUUGACACUCCUUAAAUACUGUUGUGCUGAGCUGAUUUCUUAUGACUGUGAAUAUUUGCUUUUACAAGCAUCUCCCCCACAGUUCCUUAAAUUUAUUUACCCUUCCAAUACACAGCUGACCAAUCUACAUGUUCCUCAUCUACAACUGCCAAUAACAUCUAAUCUGACUCUUACAUGUCAGUUGUUAAAUAGGAAUUAACAAUGCAAGCAUGGGACUUCAGUGUAAUAAGGUGGAAAAUUAUGUUUCAGGAAUGUCUACUUCUUGAAUCAGAAAUGGUGUGGCAUGAUGCAUUGUCUCUCUGGAUUAUGUUGCAUAAAUGUACAUUCUGGGCAUUCAAUAUUUAACCAGCAUUUCUCUAAAAUUGGCUGCUUCCCCAAACCUGCUCAUAGCUGCCUGUUAUGUGUAGAUGGUGCUAUUUUGGCUACACAAAGGACUUUGCUUACUCUUAAAUUUUAGGAUUCCUUACCUCCUGUUUUAAACUUAAACAAAUAUCUUUGCAUUCCUACCAAGGGAAGCUUUUCCACUUUUCCACAGAUCCUCUUGUGAGGAAUGCGUUCCAGAAAGUAUGAGCUUCUGGUGCGUCUGCAGAGCCAGAUAUAACACACACACACAAAAAUUCACCCAUCUUGCCCACCUUAAAACAUUAAAACAGGUAAACGCAAUUUGGAGAAUUUCUAACAAAUUUAUAUUCCCCUCUGUUUAGGGUGAUGUAUGUUUAGGACUUCCCCAUGCAAAUUGCUAGGAGGAAAAAAUCGGUCAAAACCUCAGCACAGCUCAAAAUUUUCUCUUCUCUCAUGUGCCAUGCCAGAUUUUGCAGUAUCUGAAUAGUCCUUAAGGUGAAUCAUAUUGCAAAGCAUUGCUCUAGAAUAGUCAGAACAAAUCUAGUCAAUAAUGGCAGUGUGAGCAAUAUCUAUUUUACUUCACUAGCACCCAUCUAACAUAAUUCAAAUUCACAUCAGUCAUUCGGUGUUUUGCAUAUGAAAUCUCACCAACAGAGCUUGGACUCAGGAUAUUUUUUCUUUAAGGGGAAGAAAAGUGUCUAAACUUUCUCCUUGGUAUUUGUUUGCAUUUUCCUUGCUUCCCUGUUAACUGCUGCAGGCUGUAUUGAUAAUGCAUUCUUUCCCAUUAAUCUUUUCUGUCCAGAGGAAUAUUAUGGGUUCAUUUGUCAUUUUAGGGAGGAACCAGGCAUUACGCUUGAAACAUGAGUGCUCAAACUGAGUUAUCUGCCUUCCUCUUCAAAAUAUUUAGGCACUCUGUGGUGUGAUUUUACAUGCUUUUCCAUACCCCCAGGCAAAAGCAGGCAGUGAUAUAGAACAAGUGGUGAUGUCACAGCAUGCAUUACAGAGAGAGGUAAAAGUUAAAGGUACUCCUGACCGUUAGGUCAAGUCGUGGACGAUUCUGGGGUUGCGGCGCUUAUCUCGCUUUAUUGGCCGAGGGAGCCGGCGUUUGUCCACAGACAGCUUCCGGGUCAUGUGGCCAGCAUGACUAAGCCGCUUCUGGCAAACCAGAGCAGCACACGGAAACGCCGUUUUCCUUCUCGCUGGAACAGUACCUAUUUAUCUACUUGCACUUUGACACGCUUUCGAACUGCUAGGUGGGCAGGAGCUAGGACCGAGCAACGGGAGCUCACCCCGUCGCGGGGAUUCAAACUGCUGACCUUCUGAUCGGCAAACCCUAGGCUCAGUGGUUUAGACCACAGUGCCACCGCAUCAACCAGGUUCAGUUCUCCCCUUAGAUAAUGAAUGAUCGGCUUGCUUAUAUUUCUGAAGAUUUGAGAAAGACUGAUACAAAAUUCUAGAGUCAACCAUAGUCAAGUCUGAGGUGGAGUACCUAAUUUUUUUCAUAAAACAAACUGUUUGCAUAUAAAAUGGGCAUCUAUUAUACAUCAGUUCUAAGUUGUGGUUGGUGGUUGGCAUGUGGUCUAAACCACACAGCCUAGGGCUUGCCGAUCAGAAGGUCGGCAGUUUGAAUCCUCGCGACGGGGUGAGCUCCCAUUGCUCGGUCCCAGCUCCUGCCCACCUAGCAGUUCGAAAGCGUGCCAAAGUGCAAGUAGAUAAAUAGGUACCGCUCCAGCAGGAAGGUAAAUGGCGUUUCCGUGUGUUGCUCUGGUUUGCCAGAAGUGGCUUAGUCAUGCUGGCCACAUGACCUGGAAUCUGUCUGCAGACAAAUGCCGGCUCCCUUGGCCUAUAGAGCGAGAUGAGCGCUAUAACCCUAGAGUAGUCCGCGACUGGACCUAAUGGUCAGGGGUACCUUUACCUUUGCUAAGUUGUACAUAAUGAUUACUUGAUCAUAUACGGAUCAUAUGGUUAUAUACACAGAUUUGUAUAUAUUGAAGGCACAGCAUCUGUUCAAUUUACAUGAAUUUGGCAUCCUUUUGAGAUGCUGGAACUAGAUAGUUUUGAAAACUAGUAGAGGACUGUUGGUAUCUUUUUCAUCUUCUUUUAAAUAUCAUAUGGCAGUUGUUUGACACGCUGAGACAUUUGUGUUUCCCAGAAAUAACAUCAACAUGUGGCGCAUUCAGCCACCCUGUGGCAUUAGAGCCUGAUAUUUUCAAUCUUCUAUGCUCUGGAUAAAUCGGUGCUAUCAGUUCCUAAGAAUAAGACUUCAGAUGAUAAAUAGUCCAGGCUGCAUAUUUAACCUUGUCUUCCUUACAGUCCUAUUCUGGGAAAUAGAUCCCACUCCGUUUGGUGGGGCUGCUCUGGGGUCAUUAUAAGUUAGGUUUUUACCUUAUUCUUGCAUAUAGUGUCGGGCACAUUAAUGGUGGAUCGCACUUAUUCAUUCCCUUCUUCUGGUUCCGGAUAUUCUGUAUGGCCCAGUGGAGUCUGUUUCUUCCUUUGUAUUGUUCACGUGUUAUUUAUAUGCAAAAAUACACAAGUUGCAUUCAGUGAAGGCAUGUGCAACAUUGAGAAGUUUCCUUAAUUGGGAUCUCAAGCCAGCCCUUUGAGACAAUUAAAGCCAGAUGAGAAUUUCUGCACUUACCAUAAGUGCUCAGAGGACAGAGUAGAGACAGGUACUUAGCAUCCCUGGAAGAAGUCCUUUACUUUCCUUGACAUCAGCAAGGACACCUACCAAGUGAGCAUCUAUGCACCUGCAUGGUGCUGAGUGAUUUGCUUCCCAGUGCUUAAACACAGGGCAGAGAAUCUUUCUGGCCGCCCACCCUUGGCCCUGCGGUGGUGUGUAGCAGUUUGGCAAACUAUCUCACCUUUCAAAGGAUCACCUUAGACUCAUGUCAGAAUGUAAGUGAAGUUGACAAUGGGAAUGGGAAUUCCUCCUGGAAGAGAAGUACGUAUUUUCAUUGUGUAUUGUUGGUUUGUGUCAGUUAUUUUCAUAAACUUCUGAUUGCUCAAACAGGCUUUAAAAUUGAAGGCACAUAAAGAAGCCUUAAGGCCUCAAAAGGUUACUUUUGGGCAGUGUUAUUAAAAGGAGGCUGGCUCAGAGUAGUGACUCAAAUAGUGCUGCAACAGGCAUCUUCUUCAAAGGUGAGAUAAUUCUGCCAUGUCUUUGGAUCAGCAGCAGGAACCCUAACUUUCCCAGUGUUUAUUGUUGGUGAAGGGAUAAGGUGAUACAAAUCUCCACUAGGCCUGAGCAGCAGUAAGCUGUGGUUGCCAGUCCCCCAUUGUUAGCCAGCAGAAUAGUCCUGAAGUGGAAGGAAUGCCUGCUUUGACAUGCCUGCAACACUGCAAAUUCCUUCAGUGCAAUCCUGAGCACACUUACUUGAAGUUAAGGGGACAAGGGGUUGUAUUCAACUAAAGCCAAUGCUUCUUCAACUUGGGUCUCCAGUUGUUGUUGGACUACAACUCCCAUCAACCAUGACCACUGGUACUGCUAGAUAGGGAUAAUGGGAGUUUUAGUCCAACAGCUGAUGACCCAAGUUUGAGAAACACUGAACUAAACUUUACCUAGAAUUGUUGUUGUUUAGUCGUGUCCGACUCUUUGUGACCCCAUGGACCAGAGCACACCAGGCACUCCUGUCUUCCACUGCCUCCCGUAGUUUCAAACCCAUGUUAGUAGCUUACCUAGAAUAGACCCACUGAAAUAAAUGAACAUGACUAAGUUAGGUCCAUUAAUUUCAGUGGGUCUGCUCUCAGUAAAACCUUGUUGGAUAUCACUCUUAAUCUUGAGUAAGCAAGCUUUGGAUAACAUAAAGAAAACUCUUCCAAAAACGUCUUUCCCCCUGGGGAAAAUGAGAUCAAAGACAAAAUGAGGCUUGUGCAGUGACAGAUGUCAAUUAUAUUACUUAAUGCACUACUUGAGGUCCAUUGAAUAGAUUAACAAAUUGUGACAAAAUGACAAGUACAUUCUGUGGUGAUUGAUGAAUUGAUGUGUUAUCAGGGUCUUCAAACUGCCAGACCCAGAAGAAUAGAAAUGGUGUGAGAUCAGUGUGAAAUCAUUGCUGAGCAAAUGCUGUUACUUAUUUUGUAUGAAUAGGCUGGAUUGUUUUAUCUUUUCCUGAUAGUUUUCUUUUUUAUUUAUUAUGUUUAUAUUCUUCCUUUUGUUCCUUGAUAGUCAUAUGUUUAAGGCAGGGACCAGACCCAGUGCCUUCCAAUAAUGCCCCGACAUUCCCCCGCUUGUACAGUAAUCCAAGGAUGUACGAGGUGGCCUAUGUUUAUGGUGGUUGCCAACCAACAAGGAAAGCUCUUUGUGUACAAGUGGCUAUGUUUCCCCUAAGUUUCACAGACAGAAGACAGCUCACAAUGGCUUCAGCCACACCAACCUGAUCCUUCAUCAUAUCAGCCAUAUGGGCAAUAACAACUGGCAAAAAAUGGCGGGCCUAGAGUAGAUCUGCUUGAGGUGGACCUGCAAGUUCUUGCAAGUGAGGUGGCCCCACUUCCUCCUUCACACCACUGCAUUUACACAGAUGGAUUCAAUGUGGUGUCCAUGUUUAAGACUUGGAAAACUUAGUUUUGUUACUAAUCAUAGUUUUCACAGAUGACACCAUUUCCAUCAUUUUUCUCAAAGGAUCUGCUCCAAAAAUACUGCUUUCAUUAUGAGAAAAUAACACAUGUGUAAUGAACAGCUGUGGAGCCAUUUAAAGGCAUGCAUAAUGUGCGCCCUUUACUUCCCUCCCCAACACAAUCCAGAUUGUUCUCAUCCAGAUAUACUCUCAUGCAUCUUGUUAACAGAUGGUCAGCAAGGAUUGGGAACUGCAUGGUGGACAGCUUCUUGUGUGUGUGCAUGUCAGUAGCUAAUGUGCAGAUAAAACAAUUGCUGGAUCACAUGCACAGGAGAUUUUAAAUGGGACAUUUUAUCAGAUAAUUCUAAAGUGCUUGUUCCGUGCCUGUUAAAAUUUAUGUCCACUGAGGCCUCAAACUGCUUCUUUCCCCCUCCCAACCCCCAAUUCCUGUUGGGUCAUUGUCUUGGUAAUUGUGGUGGGAAGGAUUUCUAUAAGUAGAAUCUGUGUCUUCAAAGAAACACUGCCAUGUCAGGAUUUCUUAAUGACCAAGAAUUACCUGAAUUUACUCACCCAUAGGACAGAAACAGUGCAAGCGGACUAUUAAUCAAACAAUUACUUUUCUGGUUAAGCAAUUUUCCAAUAAUCAGAUUUGACUGAUCUCUUAGGCAGCAAUGCUGUUCACUAACCGGUUCAGUUGCAUGAUCUAGGAACAAAUCAUAGAAGCCAAAUAAACCCACAGGUCAGUUUUAAAAUCAUUUAAGCAGAAACUGGAAGCCAGGGAUUUACUGGGAUGAGAUGUGUUAUUGACUGAUUAAUUACAAAUUCAGCCUCUGGAAAGGGAUUUAAGUUCUAAACUGCAGGUUAAAUGCCUCAAGUCAUUUUUGCUACUUGGAUGCACUUGGAUUCUCUCUGAGAUGGUUAGAAGCUGCAAAAUUUCACUGUGAAUUUCAAGGUGUCCUAGAUUUAUAGAAAUUGAGAUUGAGCCUGAGCUCCUUUCUCAUUUAUAAAGUACCCAGCCGUUAUUUUUGGUUCUGCCUUUUGGCUUAAUAUCACCACAUCAAGACUUGUGCAGAAUGUGGGAAAUGUGUCUUUUGUUUGUUCAUUUCCCCUCUUAUUUUCUAAGGGUCAACUAAAACUACUGAAUUUCUUCAUGCAGUUGUGUAUACAGGUACAUAGCCAAGUGGAGAAAAGGGUAGUGUGAACCAAGCAGGCAGCAGAUGCGAUGAGCCAGCAUGCAUCUGCAUUCAUUUCAAGAAAAUGCAAAUUUCGUUCAUCAUGUGUGCCACCCACUCAUAUAUUUUAAUGAGUGAAUGUGAUUACAUUAGACCCAUCAAUUUCAGUGGGUCUGUUCUAAGUCUGUUUUAGUUGAAUACCAUUCCAUUUGUGAAACACAUUUCCAUUCUCUCCUUCCCAUGCAGCCACAAAUCUGCCCUGGAGGGUUGGGGCACCUUCCAGAGCACCUUUGAGGAGGCAUGAAGGACUACAAAGAGUAGGAGAAGAAAGGAAAGUCCCCUUGCGCAAGCCCUAAAAGUCUCACCCCCUUUUUAUAAGGAAAUUAUGUUCAUGGCAGCUCACAAUAUACAAGAUAAAUGGUCAGUUACACCAGUAAAUAAACAUGAACAAUGCACAUUUCAAUGGCAACACAUUUCUGAUCUCAUAAGGGCAUUUCAAUGAUGUCCCAAAUAACAAUUCAUAAUUUUAUUUUAAAAAUAAUCAAACCGAUAUUUCUUCAUAGUUAUUAAAAAUCACCCACAAUCAGGAGUUGUAGAAAAGACUGAAAACAGAGGGGGGAAGUCUCCCCUCUGGUCUGCUUCCCAGGCCACGCCCCCUUGGCCCACCAACAAUUGGCUCAAGCCAUGGGUGGGCUCUGACAGCCCCCGCAGCCAAGGAGGAAAUGACAUCAUCUGCCAGCUGUGCAGGGCCCAGAAGGCUGCUUCGGCCCAGGGGCAGGCCGCCCCGAGCUGCAACCACCACUUCCUGACAAGAACAAGGUGUUUCUAGAAGCAGCUGCCACUUGGAAAAUCCUGAAGCUGAGCCAUAAGGCUGAUGGUAGCCAAAGAUAGAGACUUUCUCAGCCUCACUUUCUUCCACUCUAUACUUUCUCCAGUUAGGUCUUUGUGUCUCCCCAUGUGGACACCAUGAGCCAGGAUUUAUUGCUAGGUUAUUGGGUUGGUGUUGGUUGGCACUUGGCAGUCCUAUAACUUUUUUAAGCAAACGAGAAAACAUUUUGUACAUUCUCAAAGGCAUUGUCUUGUUUUUGGAAGCUCUGUGGGCAAAAUGUUGACUAGGAGGGCCUACUGACAAGGAUUUUCUUUCGCAAGCACCCAAUAAAAGCUGGAACUGGUUGUGCUAAGCAUAUGCCAGCAUAGCAAAUCUGAAUUUGCAGUAGGCACUAGAAAUCUAGUCCAGAAUAAAAAACUCAGCAGAUGUUCACUCUAGGCAUGGGUCCAAGCAAAGAAAAUUGGGCAUUGGCACCAGCCUAACCAAGGAAGCUAGCCCAAGGCAGAGCAGUGCAUCUGGCAAAUCCCAGAUGCUCUAUGAGAUUCAUGUAGAAGGAAGCUGAUACCAACUUCCAGCUGAUAAACCCAAACUUCUGUAUAUGGGACAGUGCGUGUGAGUGUGCCAUCUUCACCUUUCAUUUUAAAGUUGCUUCAGCUCCAUGGGACCAACUCCACUUUUGUAAAUUGUUUGACUACGAUGCAAAAUGAGGUUGGGUUAUUUCUUCUUUCCCUGUGAUAUGAAUGCCAGGGUUAUUUGAGCCAUAGAAACAUAUUCUACUGCAUUCCUAGAAAGCUGAGACUGUUCAUGUUACACAAAAAAAAAAAAACUACAGCCAUCACAAGAUUCUGGUUUCUGCUGGCUAAAGCUGAUCUUUCCCAAAGCAACUUCUGCUUGAGAAUUGAAUGCCUGGCUUGGGAUCCAGAGUUCCAUUUCCUUGCUGCUCUUUAUUUCCUUGCUCAGGGUUGAAUGCAGGUUCAGUACAGUGGGCAGCCAGUGCUGGCAUGAGGUUCUCCUGCCCCACACAAUGCCUGUUGAAAGAGGGACCAUUGUUCCAUCCCCAACAGCCAAAGAAGGAGCUCUGUACUAUAGGCACAUGAUGAUCAGAACGUCUGUCCAUGCAGGACAUUUAUAGAAGCCUGCAAUCUAUUUCUCUAACACUUGUAGUGUUUCUGCACACAGUGGCGAAGUGACAAUGUCUCAAAUAUAUGCAGCUGUUAUUUCAUUAUUUCUGCCGCUGUGCUUUUAUUCAACUCUUUUAGUAGGACCAAGGAACAAUUGCCAACAGAGUUUCCUCCCAGUGUUGAAGGAGUGCUUCCUGACAUGAGCUUUAUAUAGCAAAUGGAUUGUUCAGAUCUAUUUCCCUCCCCUCCCCCCCGUGUGUACAACUGGUGUGUUUGCAUCCACACAGUCCAUUCUUCUCAUUCCUUGGCGUUCACUGCUAUUUUGCUGUUUGCCAUCUGCACCAGUAGGGGGAGCUUGACUGUUUGUCUUUACUCUGUUACUUUGUUGCUCCUCCACCUUCUCCCAUUCUGGACAUGUAUACAGUUCUCGAACUCAAUCCGUUCUGAAAGUCCAUUCGACUUGCAAAACCUUUGAAAACCAAGGUGCAGCUUCUGAUUGGCUGAUUGGCCCCGGAAACAAUGCCGACAGCCGGAACAAACCAGAACACUUACUUCUGGGUUUGUGGCAUUUGGGAGCCUAUUUGUUCGUCAACUAAACCGUUUGGGAACCAAGGUACCAAUGCACAUGUUAUUUCUGUACCUGUGCAUGUGUACUUAAAAAAAAAAAAAAGAUCACCAGAAACAGGCAACUAUUACCACCUCGUAGGUAUCAUUUUUCACAAUGGACAAAGCGGAGGCUUGAAGUUUUGGCCCUUCAAGACCCAUUUCUAUGGAGGUUUUGUACACGCUUGAUAUCUGGCUAUAUUUAUCUGCUGUUUAAUUUUGGGGGAGCAGAGAGGCAGGAUAAAAGUCCCCAAGAAUGCCUUGAAGGACCCCGUAACAGUUGACAGACAAUCACACAUUUUCCCCACAAAAACAGGGGGGCGACAAAAUUAGUCUUCCAGAAAACCCCCAUAUAAUAACUUUUUUAAGGCCAGUGUAUGUACUGUGAUUACAGACCUUGAGGCAACCAUCAGUUACCCACAUUUACUGUGUGGAAAUCCUCCUUUGAACUUGGUUGUUGAAAUUCGGAGGUGCCAUUACAUUGCAGCAAUCGGUGGAAGUAGGUGUCAAAUACACAAUUCGGAGUCACACUCACAUCAUUUAGUAUUGGGGGCUAACUAAACCAAAUGGAUAGGCUGUGAUUUGAUGGUGAACAAAUGGGAGUAGGGGACAGUCCCUCAAAACAUCGCCACACACAUAUCCUGCCCCCAAAAUGAGGUGGGGGCUCCCCCCCCCCCAGUAAUGAGUUCCCACACCAGCAGUGACUAUGGCAACAUAAUAGAUUUUUCUUUUUUUUACAAAUUGGAUUUUUCACAGUAAGGGAAAAUCCGGAUUAAAAAAAAGAGUUGUGCCUGGCAUUUUGAUGACAAUGAUGCCACAAAACCUGUAUACAUGAGCUGCUGAGAUUGCAGAAUAAAUUCCUGGCUGGAAGCGUCCAGAGCCUAGUCUGGAACCAAAAUAUGUAUAGCUUUAUGUGUCUCAUAUUCUGCUUCUAACAACAACAAAAGAGCUCCUGGUUGAACCUGUGAAAUGGUAAGAAGCUUGAAUAAAAAUCAAACUUCGGUAAGACAAGUGUUUUGGCUCAGUGUCUGUUUUCAGACUACAUUUCUUUUAGGUUUAUUCAUAGCAUACCAGAAAAGUGGCCCUUAAUUAUCUACUGAAGGAUUUGCUGCGAGUCAGGAUUCUCCCUCCCUCCUCCCCCUCUUAACAGACAGGAAAAUAACUCUAAAAUUAGCAAAUGCUUCACAUAUUCCAUCCCCUCCCCAGGUCUGCUACUGUUGCUUCAACAUUUGCUUUUUAGAGGUUUCAAAUCACAACUAAUGUAGGCUUUGGAAGAGGGGGAAAAACCUGCCCAACAUGUGACUCAUGACAGCCAAAGCUAAGCCUGGCAAAACAGAUUUUAAAAAAUAAAAAUAAAAAAAAUUGUUGCUAAAUUCAGCUAUAUUCAGAAGGAGAUUUUGCUGAAAACCAGAGAAGGGCUGAGGCGCAGCAUUAACAAAAGAGAUAAUCCUGUUUGAUCGUUUCUAUUUUGCACAAAUACAUUUCCAUGUGCUUAAGCCUUCAUAGAGUGGGAAUGGCAUGAGCAAAAGGCUGGUUCUGAGUUCUGGACUGAUCAUUCUAAACUAAGCAAGGAAUUACAGAUUUGUGAACUGAUCACCCUUCCCUUAAGAGUUGUUGUUUUUCUAAGUAGCAUGGUGGAGGGUAAUGAUGGACUGCAUUGCAGCACAACAGGAUGGGUGGGUAAAUCCAAUCUCCUUGCCACCUUUAUGCCCCUCUUCCUCCAAGCUGCUAUUUGCCUUAUUGGGGAACCCAUAUUGCAUCCACAUACAGUGGUACCUCUGGUUGCGAACAGGAUUCGUUCCGGAGGCCCAUUCGCAACAUGAGCAGAACGCAACUCACAGCGGCGCGUCUGCGCACACGCGGGUUGUGACUCGCCGCUUCUGCACAUGCGCGUGACAUCAUUUUGCGCAUCUGCUCAUGCGCGAGUGGUGAAACCCAGAAGUAACCCUUUCCAGUACUUCCGGGUCACCAUGGGACGCAACCUGAAAAAACAUAUCAUGAAGCAAACAUAACAUGAGGUACGACUGUACAUUUCUCCAAAAUGAGUAGGAGGAGAAAUUAUUUGCACAUGAAAACAGUGGGGGAAGGGUUAACACCCUUCUUCACCCAGUUGGCUUUGGUCUGUCUUGGGAGACAAUGGAGGGGUACACCUUUGGGGUGAAGUCAAACUGUUGGAGGUUACAGUGUUUUGUGUUGUGUAUGAACCUAUUAGGUCCGUAAAUUACCAUAUAGCAUACGUUCAACACACCAAAAAAUUACAAUUUGUUGUUGACAAAGGACAGCUGGACAUAUAAAGGACUCCAUUACCUUCAGUAGCUUAGGGCCUCAUCAAACCUAAAUCUGGCCCUGUGGAAGAGACAUGUUUUGUUGCAGUUGAAGCAGAUGAAGACAUCCAGUUGUGCUGCUGCAGAUGCACCCUGGUGUUUCUAGCCAUCAUUCCUCCUCUGGUCACUGCUGUGGAUAGACAACCUGACUGUUGUUGUACUGUGGUCAUCUGCAAGGAAUUCCCACAAGGUGGUUCUGAUUCAAUUUGGGACUGGAGGCAUGGUUGCUAUAAAGAGAUGCUAGAGCCAGUCACAUAUCUCAAAAGUCGCAACUGGUUCAUCGCAUACAUACACAGCACCUGAUUGACAGUUGCCACUGUCAGCUGGUCACUUGAGCUGGAAGGAGGCUCACUCCAGAUUCUUUCUGCCCCUCCACUUUUCCUCCGCUGAGCAACAGAAGGCUCAAAUUCAAUCUCUGUGUUUACUCACUGCUUUGAAAAUACCAUUCACCCAAAUAAUGAUGAUGAUAGCAAUAAUGCACAAGGCAUAUAUUGUAUCACAAGUGCCCGCUUUACUGGUGCAACAUUUCUGCCCCUGAUUAUGGGCAAUUCCCCCUUCACACUGCAGCCCUCUGCCACAUAGCUUGUUCAGGAAGGUCCUGCAGCCCUGGGAAGAAUGUUUUCAGGGCCACACAGGACUGCAAGGGACAAAACGACAAGGUAUCUUCAGCUCAUGCAACCGUUGGGUAUGAACUGUUGCUGAUCUUGUAAGUUAGCCCAGUUGAUCCGUUGAUCUCAUAUCCAUACUUAGCAAGAUGUACAGUGGUACCACAGGUUAAGAACUUAAUUAGUUCUGGAGGUCCGUUCUUAACCUGAGGUACCACUUUAGCUAAUGGGGCCUCCUGCUGCCGCCGCGCCGCCGGAGCACAAUUUUUGUUCUCAUCCUGAAGCAAAGUUCUUAACCCGAGGUACUAUUUCUGGGUUAGUGGAGUCUGUAACCUGAAGCGUCUGUAACCCGAGGUACCACUGUAUAGUCAUAAUUGAUUCUGAUGGUUUGUUGGGUUGUGCGUGUGAGAGAAAAAUAUGGAGGUGUUAUGCCUCACCCCCAGGAAAAGAAAUAGAAUGCCAAUCAUUGAAGAAGCUAAAAUAGUAAUAUGCUUGGGAGGUAAGUGGCCUUUAUACUUGAACUGUGUACCUGCAAAGCGUAUACUCCUCCUGGACUUCUCCACUAGUGAUGUGUGAGUAAUUCAGUCUUUCUAGAUUUCAAUAUGAAUUGGCCUGUUCUGCACCUCCUCAGCUACUAUUUGGAUUGAACUUUUGUUAUCUACCAGCUUUCUCACUUCUCAAAUGUUCCAAUGCAGUUCUCAGCUCAAAAAUUGUAUCAAAAUGCUCCUUUUUAAAAAACAAACAAACACAAAGUUUACUCUAAUAGAAAACACAUUUGCAAGCGUGUUUCCUAAAAGGAACUAUGUUUAACAAUACAUCAUUAAUAGGUUUAAUUAUUUUAAAAAAUUAAAAAUCAGAUUAAUGCAGAAAUGGGAUGGGAUGGGCCACAGAAAUAGGAUGGGACUUUCAUCUCCAUGGUGAUUAUAACAUUUGUAAUUAUCAAAAUGCAUUCAAUGUUGUUAUAAUUUUAUUUUAUUUUGAAAAGAGAGAGAGAGUGAGAGAGUUGUGCAUGCUGAAGUGCAAACAAGAUAUCCGAAUAAUCAAAUGUGCAUCUCUUGUUUUUCACUUCCCUUACAGUUAUUGGCUGACCAACAAGGUUUUCAUCAAGCGACCUAGCACAGGACUCCUCAUGUACACACUUGCUACGAGGUUCUGCGAUGAAAUUCAUCUCUAUGGAUUCUGGCCCUUCCCGAAGGAUAUAAAUGGAAAGCCAGUCAAAUAUCACUAUUAUGAUGACUUAAAGUAUCGAUUUUUUUCUAAUGCCAGCCCACAUAGGAUGCCAUUAGAGUUUAAAACUUUAAGUAUGUUACAUAACAGAGGAGCACUUAAAUUGACGACGGGGCGGUGUGCGCAGUAAUAAAGCACAGGUCGAGGACUAGGAGAAGUGCCGGAUAUGGGCUUCGCCAUGCAGAUUUUAUGGAAGAGCAGUGGGAUCAAAACAGUGGAUUUAUCCCUGUGCGCUGUACCAAGCCAUUGGAGAACAAGGAAGUGCACCGGAACUCCCGUACCAGCGAACAUUUUUACCUGUUGAAGUGCUAAAUCUUGAGUGCAAUGGUUCGAGUAAGUGCCACUUUCUCUAAGAGCAAAGCUUGAAUGUAUAAAAUCAGUAGUGUUUACAAGAUCCAACGAUGCAUUCAUCACCUGUUAAAGAAGCAAAUAGUCCAUUUGCUGCUCAUUUGCCAACACAAAGUCUGGCAGCUGUGUAACGAAAUACCCAAGAGGUGGGGUCUGCCCUGAAGGAAAUACUUUGCAUUUGGCAGCAACAAUCAAGGCGGAAUUGGCAGAGCAGUGGAUAACAUCACAAACAUCAAGCAAAAUACCUUCAGCCGGGGCCAUCCCUGGCUUUGUAUUAUAACUUUUCUCUUUUUCCUCCCUGUUUUUAAAAUUGUCAUUCAUUUUCUAUGGUGUUUAGGUAUUGGAGCCCCUUAAGGGAUUUUGACAAGAUAAUACUAUGAACAUUUUAAGUAAUCUUCAAGAAGUGGUCUUAGAAGAUCUUAUUUUUUAAACAAAAUCUUCAUUGCAUCUUAUUGCUCAGCUUACUCAUUGCAGCUGAAGUUGCCUCCACGUGACAACUUGCUGCUGCAGUAACACAUAGAGCCAGUCAUCAGGUUUUGCCCCCGCAGCCCUAUAUCUCAGCACCAGCCACUGCUAGGAACAUGUUCUGCUGGGGAAGGUGAUGUCGGGACGUGUAUGGGAAAUGGGAGCGGGGAGGGUCAUCUCACUAGGUUGUUCUGGAUGGUAUAACUUGUUGAAAAAAGCUUAGGAUCUCCCAACUGCUUUUAGGUGCUUCUUUUAGGGUGAACUGCAUGUUACAAUAAACACACAACAAAAGUGUGCUCAAACUUCUGAACAAAAAGCAGCUGUGUAGUCACAAUCUGGACUGGUGACACAUUCCACAUCGGGGCUCCAAACUACCGUAUUUUUCGCUCUAUAAGAUGCACCAGACCACAAGACGCACCUAGUUUUUGGAGGAGGAAAACAAGAAAAAAAAUAUUCUGAAUCUCAGAAGCCAGAACAUCAAGAGGGAUCACUGCGCAGUGAAAGCAGCAAUCCCUCUUGCUGUUCUGGCUUCUGUGAUAGCUGCAGAGCCUGCAUUCGCUCCAUAAGAUGCACACACAUUUCCCCUUACUUUUUAGGAGGGAAAAAGUCAGUCUUAUAGAGCCAAAAAUACGGUAAUUUUUCUGCUAACCUCUUCUCUCUAGCUGCUGAUGGCUCCUGAAUGUAUUUAGGAAAACACCAUACGAAAUACACGGUGUGUACAAACUUGUAUAGAGUGUACAUUGUUAUCUUUAGGAGACAAAUCGCAGCAAGGGCAAGGAAUUUUCCACAGGAUACUGUCCUGAUCUAGGUGUGUGUUCCAGAUCCCAAAGUUGCUUUUUCUUCAAAACAGAAGUUGUUUAAACAUACUUUUUUCCCUGAAAGUGUGUUUAUCGUAACAUUUAGUCUGGCCUAAAGUACAAACUUAACAGAAGCUAAAUUGCAAGUUAGCACUUUUAAACAAUCUGAUGUUUUGAGCUGUCUUUAAGGCAAGAUUUUUGUUAUGAAGAUGAUAUUGUUAACAAGCAGGUGCCCUUACAUUUGGUACCAAAGAUUAUGCUGAUUUUGUAAUCGAUGUAGAUUUGUUUUCCUUCAAAUGAUGAAAACGUGUAAAAUUUAGUACUUGUUGCUGUGCUGCUUUAGAAACUGUUUUCAGUCAUUUUUUUGUUUAUUUGUUUACUGCUAACUUGGUGUCUAGAUUUUGUUUGAAGGACAAAUUCCUUAACUUGACUUUGCUUUUUAUAUAUGCCUUGAAAAUCUGAAACAGAUGCUUUCCCUUAAAAAAAAAAAAAUCAGACUGUGACCAUAAUAUUCUUGAAUCAAGAUAUUUAAUCAGAAUUAAUGUAAGUUAUAAAUAUCAUUGAAAUGUCAAAGUCUGUAUAGUUUAGUUGGCAUAGUGGAUUUUGUUUUUAGUUUACAAAACCAGUUUUAAAAUGCAGAUUCUUCAUAGUGCUGGACAAUAUGUGCAUUAUUCCUGUUCUAUAGCAUCCUGAUGAGCAAUAUGUGAAAAUACCACUGACAAGUUCCCUUGCCUUUUCACUUCUUUGAAGCUCCACUUUCUAUAUGGGGCUGUGUUUUUUGUUCUGAGACAGCAGACAAUGAGAAUUAUUAAUGGUUUUGUAUGAACAAAAAGGGUUGUAAACAGAAUGGCUGUAAAUCGAGAGUAUCAAAGCACAAUUGAUGGAGUGACUUCAGAAAUGCAUGCUGGGGAAACAACCAGUGGUUCUCUCAUGUGGUUUCACCUGCAGAUUUCUGCCAUAUAGAAGCAGAAGAAGAAAAAAACAGAAGAAAAACAAAUUCAGAAUAAAUCUUCAUUUUAGCCCUUUUCAGAUAUUCGAGGCCUUUUCACACACACUCGUAUGACCUUCACACAUUUAGUGUGUUUAAAGGAACAGACAGGACCUGCACAGGUUUUAGUGCUCAGUGCAUAAUAGUCUGUGAGGGACCUCAAGACAAAGGGAGUGUAGCCUAUGUGCAUGCCUGCAUCUCACUACUCUUUUAACCCUUAUGUGUUCAGACCAGUGCCUGAAGAGAGUGAUACAAUGCUGUGUAGAAGGAAGGGUGGGCUGAUUAUGCCAUUCCCAAAUGCAUGGAAUAAUCUUGCUCCUGCAGGAACCUACCAGGCCAACAAGUCUUACCUAGUCCAGCAUCCUUUUUGCUGCAGUGGCCAACCAGAUGUCCACAAGCAAGACCUGAAGGCAAAAGCCUUCUCUUUUCCUUUUCCUAGAGUGCAUAUUCAGUGGCAUUCUGCCUCUUUUCUCAUCAGGAUAUUCAUACAUUGGAUGAAACGGAUAAACCCAUAAAGGAAUGUGAUUUCCCCUGCCCACCAGGAAACUAUGAAUAGUAAAAUACUGCUUGUUGAUUUUUGCAGCAUAGGCAGUGAGCUUCGCCAUUGUUAUCGUUAAUUUUUACUAUUCUUUUCCUUACAAAAGGAAGCCCAUAGCAGAGAGAAAGAACAUUUUUUGAGGAAAGUGUAGGCUUAAGGAUUGGUUCUGUAAACUCGGAAGAUAUUACUGGAAAACGUAUGGUGUUUAGGAUGACACACACACAAAAAUAGUCCAAAAUAAAAGUUCCUUAGGCUGUUUAAUGACCAUAAUAGUAAUGUUGGCAUGUUUCCUUUUGAAAUAUAGUAAUGUUAGAGCAGUCUAGCUAGACUGAUUUUCCAUAAAAGGUGUUAGAUUUCACACAAUCACCUUAAAGAAGUUGUGACUAGUGCCUUUUUCAUCCUCAGGCAUAACUUCAAUCCUGUUACUUAAUUCUUUUGUGUCAUGUUUUCCUCCCCUUAUCUAGACUAUUUCCACAUGUCUAUAAAGGGCUAAUAAACUGGUUAACAAAACCACUUUUAUGUUUUGCAUCUCAGGGAAAUAUCAGUUUUUCAAUAUAAACACAACAGGAAAAGAUAGAAUUGAAAGUGGAUGAAAGCCUAUCAUAUUACAUAAAAAAGAAGAAGCAAGGUUUUCAUGUAAUGGAAUGAGGCUGCAGUCCUAUGCACCUUAGAAGAAUUCAAGGGGACAUGUAUGGGAUUUGCACCAUGAGGCUGCAAUGCUAUGCAGGCUUAGUUGAGAGUAAACACCGCUGAGCACAAUUGGACUUACUUCUCAGUAGAAGUGCAUAGACUUGGGAGUGUGAAAAAAAGCCACUUAGAUGAAGAAUAAGGAUGAUUUAAAAGAUGCUAGGAAAGAUGUAAAUGAUGGAAUGGUCUGCUUAAAAUACAAUGUUGCAGUGUUUGGCUCAGCAUUUCAUUUAGGUGUUGUUUCAUUGAAAAUCUAAAAUGACAGUAAUUUUAAAUCCGGAUGUCACAACUGUCUUUUUUUAUGCGCGAUGCCAUUUUUGGUCCUCCAGCCCCUUCAUUGUUUGCAUAUUAUGCAGAGACCAUGAGCUUCUUUUUUCUUUGUCAGAACUCUGCUCUUAGUUACAUGAGCACAGAUUCUGGAAUUUUCCCUGAAUGGCAGGAACCCUGCAUUUCACCAAUGGGAUGUUGGCAAAAACUUCUCACAUCCUGCCCUGUGUCUUUGCCUUGAGCUUUUACUAUAUAUCUCUUCUCUUGAGUAGUAAAAACUAUCACCAUUUAAGAUCUACAUUCCCCGUUGAGAUCAAGCCCUAGAGUAGCCAUCCACAACCCAACACCCUCCCAAUGUUUUGGACAACAACCCCCAUCAGCCUCAACCAGCAUGACCUUGUUGCUUGGCUCUGAUGGGAAUUGUAGUCCAAAAAACUUGGAGAGCACCAGGAUGGGAAAGGCUGUCCCAGAACUUAAAGAGUCAAAAAGGUAGCCUACAGAAACUUGGGCAAGGUUACAGUUAGUGGGAUUUACAUUUGCUCAUCACAUUGCAAAAAAUUUAAAGUGUUCAAAUACAGGUAAGGAAUAAAUGGCUACUUUGUUUUCAUAAUUUUUCCAUAACGUAUAUUUGUUGCUUGUUUCCUACCACAAAUAGCUACUGUGAUAGAGAAUCAUAAUUGACCAGCACUAUCUCCAACACAUACCCAGUAGUUAAAAUCUGAUCCCUUAAUGCAAAACUGUAGGAACAGUCUCUUUAGAAAUGCACAGUAAGAAAGGGAAUUUGUUUUCAUUCGGAUAAUUUUACUUGUGAAGACUUGUAAUUCAUAAAGCAGUGUUUUAUAAUUUGUGUUUUUCCUUUUGUUUGGAGCUCUGGAGCUCCUCAGAUUAAUGAAGAUAAAUGUAUAAUAUAUUCAUGUUUAUCCUUUGAGGAGAUUCUCCUUCUUACUCCCUUUCUAAAAUGUGAAGACUACUCAACGUUUCAAUUGAGUUUGGAGUCUCUCUCUUCAACAAUGCCAGAAUAACGUCCCACGAAAAAGAAAUACAAUGUAAUGGAGCUAAACGAAAAUGAAUGCAAUUGCCAGCUAGUAUUAUGUUUGCAUGUGCACAUUUGAUACCUUGAAAGAUCAUAAAAGCGAGGAUUCAAAUUAGUCUGCUUUGUGGCAACUUUCAAUACUGGUUACCCACUGCCUUCAGCAAGUGUGGAAGUUAUGCAGCUUCUUAGAUCCUACAAUGCUUAGAUAGGUUGUUAUCCAAUGAGAUAACACCUAUUCAGACAAUCAAUAGUGGUGUGUGCACUGACGACAAGUUUCCGUUCAGACCCCAGUUUUGCCCUUCAGAAAACAGUUCAGGGACCAUCAGGUCAAGGACCACCCAAAUACCUGGUGCUCCAGUCCACCAUCUCCACCCCACCAUCUGAAUUCACUAUUGGGAAAUUUAAAAACAGCUAUAACUCAUUUUGACAGUGGAUGAAAGUCCCUCCAGAGUGGAUAGACCCUUCAAAAUUACCAGCACAUUGGUUUUCGAGCUUUUGUGCUGGAGAUAUCUAUAUUAUUUCAUUUGGAGGGCAGAAUUGGAAGAAAUUUACAGACGCUAUUGCCCCUUCUCAAUGUAUUACUCCUGCCAAAUUUCAGAAGAAUGUCUCUUAAAGUUUUAGGAUAGGUAAAAAAGGAAUCCCUUAAUCUCCCAGGCUAGUGUCUUGAGGGCAAUAGUUCUGAAAUUUGUAGAUAUGAAAGCUGCCUUUGGGUAAAAAAACCGACCAAAUUCCAGGUGAAUAGGUCUGGGGCUUUUGUGUUAAGCACCUGUGACAUUUAUUUUGGGGGGCAGAUGAACAAAACGGUUUUCACUUUUGGGAUAAAAUCAUUCCCUCUGAUUAUAAUCUUGAUUUGACAUUCAUAGCAGAGCUCUUCCUCUGCCCCCUUCCCACCAUGGUGUCUGCUGUCCAUUUCCCCAUCACUUAGAGAUAUUACUUUUGCUUUUCUCAGAUGCUUGUCUGCAGCAUUUUUUGACAUUUGGAUUGCUGAGGCGCCGUGAAAUGCUUCAGGGGUGCCUAUUUUUAUUCAUGACACCUUGAACAGAGCCUGCUUUGCUUCUGAAAAGCUCAAAAUCUCUCCAAGGCACCCUUCUUCAACUUGGGGUUCUGGUUCUGAGGCACACCCCUAAUAUAUUUCACAAUUAGCCUUUCCGUAUAUAUUCCAGUAUCUCAACUGCUAAAGCUCUGGUCCUUUUUCUUUUUUUGUAAAUGACGCGUUGCAGGGUGAAGAAUGGGGCAACUGACUUUUUAAAAGACUGGAAAGUUUCAUUAUAAUUUAAAAAUAUGUGCUCCGAUCCAAUGGGAGGGGACAGUUACAAGUUAUUUGCAUGUGUGUUUCCUGGGCUAAAAGGUUCCAGUAUCUGGAUUAGAAAUUGAGGUCUAUGAAACAGACACUCAUUAUCUGUUUCUCCUAUUAGAUUGAGAUGGUGGACACAUAUCUCUGGAUCUUGGUGCAAUUUCACUCCCCCCCUUUUCCCUUUCUUUUUUCUUUUUAAGAGCACUGUUACCCUGGAUAGGCAAAAGCACAAUUGUUUUAACUGUAUCUACUAAAGGAAGCAAGUUUGCCAAAACCAGCCUUCCUGGACAGUACUACUGCUAUCCGGCAUACCCAGCUCCCAUUUGUGUGCACUGUUGAGAUGUCUUCUGUCAGGAUCAUCUUGUCUGAUGCUUUUAUUAUUAUUAUUUUGUGUACAGGAGUUGUUGCUAAUUCUUUGUUACUUGUACAACCUGUAAAAUGAAUUAAAACUUUUUUCCAGU